AUGGAGGAAUUUGAAUUUAGUGUAAAACAACUGCAACCUAAUGUCAUAUCUGUCCGUCUCUAUAAGCGCAAAGAGGGUGGCUUGGGGUUCCUUGUUAAACAGAGAAGGAACAAACCACCUGUUAUUAUCUCUGAUAUAAUCCGAGGUGGGGCAGCAGAGCAAAGUGGCUUGGUGCAGGUUGGUGACAUAAUUUUGGCAGUGAACGAUAGGCCACUUGUUGAUUUCAGCUAUGAAAAUGCUCUGGAGAUCCUACGUAGUAUUGCCUCAGAGACAUUUGUGGUUCUUAUCCUAAGAGGCCCUGAGGGAUACACGACUCAUCUGGAGACCACUUUUACAGGAGAUGGAACACCCAAGACUAUUAGGGUCACCAGACCACUUUGCCCCAAAUCCAAGUCUACUGAUCUUUCAAGUCAGGGCCUGUACAGCAAAGAUCAGCAUAAUAUGGUGGACAGUGCAACAAGUUCCGCUGGCUCUUCUUGGCAGGAAGUCCAUCAGCUUAAUAAUUUAAAUGGACUCGAUGGAGUUAAAGGUGAUGAUAUAAGUAUUAGUCCAUGCCUUAAUGGUGGAGCUGAAAGCAAUGACAUCCUGAAAGAGAUAGAGCCUGUAGUGAAUCUUCUACAGAACACGAGGCUCGAGGAGUUACAUAAAGAUGGUCAGCAUCAAGUGGAACAAAAAGAUGCAGAAGUUCAAGUUGAAAAGUAAGUUGUUUAAUAGAGACCAUAAUUAUAUUAUAUGUUGGCUUGUGAAUGAAAUCAAAGACCUCUAUGUAGUCGUAUCAGAGAUAAAAUUUUAUCCCUACAUAUUAGAUAUAAUUAGAUGCUUUUGUCACGGGGAAUAGAGCAGUCUCUUACAAAAGCUGUGAAAAGUAAUCAGAUUUUGAGUUUACAACAUUUCCUCAAGAGGUACUUUAAAAAGAAAGAGAAAAACAGGUGAGGAUUUAGGGUAUUGUUGUAUUGUGCCGGCAGGAGUUCCUUAUCCCCCUCUGCAAUCCUCUCCCCAACCUUGUCUAAUGAAAGCAUUUAUUCAGAAAGGAUAAAUGAAGAAGAGAUGAAGAGGGAGAUGAAAUCUCUGGGUUCACACUUUCAAGAUGGAAAUGUGUAUCUGGGUACCAUUCAAUUAAAUGCUUCCAUUUACAUCUUUGAAGUGAAAAUCAGGCAGAGGCUUCUUAUCAGUCUAUUAGAAUGUAUCUAUUUCAGACUUAUUCAAAACUAAAACCUUCAUAUCCAGAUUAACUUGUGAUCUACAAACUGUUUAUUAUAUUUUAGGAAGCACUUUGUAUAUUCAUGGGAUGAACGGUCAUGCAUCUUGAUUUCAUUUACUGUUUUUUAUAAAAAGCCAAUAUAUCCUACAGUGUUGUACAAUAGGUGGACUAACAAAUAAGUCAAAUUUCAUGUGCAGAAACAUAAUUUUCUAUGGGUCUUGCUCAAACAUGCUUAUAUUAUAAAUUAAAUAUGGUAUGUUAAAUAUUAUGGCAAUUAAUAUUAAAAUGAAUGAGCCCCAAGCUUAGUGUACACAAAAAUUCAAACAGAUCUUUAGUUAGUAUACAUAGUGAAUAUUUCCUUUGCCCAUUUGGCAAGUAAAAAUAAAUAAGAUUAGUGCAAUGUAGUCAUGGAAUUAGUAAAUUCAUAAUUAAAUUCAUAAAUGUUAAUGAAUGUCAACUUACGACAAUUAGAUAUUGUUUUUAUUGAUAAUAACAGCUUACAUUAUGGAGCUAAAACAAUUCUUACAUUAGGGAGCUAAAACAAAAACUCUUAAUAAACAUGGAGGAAAAUCACUAAACAGUGAGUAUUGAUGCAGAAAAAAAAUCUGAUUUUUUAAGCAGAUUUGUUUAAAAAUCUUGAAUUAUACCCCCAGCAGCCACUACUCUGAAUGUAAAGUGUUAAGUAAUACAGUUGGGGACUCUUUAUUUUUAACGGCUAUAUUGGCCAAAUAUUUACAAUAUAAAUUCAGCUCACAACAGUUCACUAACUACUGUACAGACCUUUAAAUUGUGCUGCCUUGAUAACAAAUCCUAAGCUUAAAUAACUGACAAACCAUUCACUCAUGGUUCACUGAAUGAACCCCAUAAGUUAUUUCCCCAAAAUAAUAAUUGUUAUUAAAUAUAUAAAUAUUGGGUUUUAAAUAUUGUUAUUUGACAAGUGGUGCUUGGAAGCCUGAUUAUAAUUUAACACAAUAUAUAUUUCUAAUAUAUUCAAUGAGAAGAAAUGACCAGUGUCCCUUUAAGUGAUUUUAAUGAGAAUAGCAUAGGCGACAGUAUUUGCCUUUCAAUAGUAUAAACCCCAGUGAUCUGUGUUAUUCACAAGAGGUCAGCAAUAACAACAGACAGGUAAACUAGCAGGGUCAUUCAUAAUCCAGGAACCAUCAUGAUCUAGUAAGGUAACUUCAGAUUUAGGGCCAAAAUAGCGACGCUUGAAAGAAUAGCUGUUUUGUAGUUUGUUUAUUAUUGUCUGUAAUUUGCAAUUCCCAGUCUAGUGAAUAACCCUGCACAGAAUUGUGAGAACAGCCAAUAAACAUUCUAAUCAAGGGGUGUCUGACCAAUUGCUGUUGGCUUGCGGAUAAUUCUGCGAAUUCCUGGACAAUAGCCACUAGGAGUUGUACAUACUUUAUAAUAACAUGAUAAAGACAAGUCAAUUUACUAGAUGGCAGUGAAACUGUUAAACCUGCUAAAGUGAGUAAAUUACAUUUAAUUAUAGCAGCAAAUAACAACCCCAGCAUGUAACCACAGUCAAGCUGUGUACAAAGUAGUAUUUCUAACACUAUAGAACUCUUUGGUCCCCUCACCCCUCCCUCAAAACCCUUCCCUCUGUCAUAAAAAUGGUUUUCUCACCCACUAGAGGCUGUCUUAGUUUCUCAAGAACGGCAAUGUUUUACAUUGCAGGACUAAGGGCAACAGGGACACUGCACCCAAAGAUGAAGUGGUGUGGGUGCCUGUAGUGUUCCUUUAACCAUUUCAGUGUUGUAGAAGAGAACAGAGCAUUGUGGCACUGAAUGUAAAAGUCAAAGUUCAAAACUAAUACAUGCUUGAGGUCUAUGACAUCCUAUCAUGACAUCAGAGAGCCAAUUCCUUACAUUCGGAGAGCUUAUCAUCUCUCUCGAAAAUUAAUUAUUAACUAAAUAAAUAAUAAAUUUUAAAAAAGCGAGAUUGACUCAUCUAUGUACCAUUGCCAUGCACGUUUCACAUGAAGUGAGACUUGGCAAUCAGAGCACUGUGAUUGGCUGGUUUCCAGGCCAACCAAUCACAGUGCUCUCUCCAAAAUUCAAGGUGGCAGAGGAAUGGCUAGAGGCCUCUUCCGUCGUGAAUUUCAUUAAUUCAUCUUGUAACCUGUAAAAAUGCAAUUUAAAAUUUGUAACCUGUGUAACCUGUGAAAGUACAAUCUGAAAAACUAAUACAUGUUGGGGUCAUGUUAGGUUCUCACUAACAACAAUAAUGAAUUAAUCAGGACAACAAAAACUUGGUAUCCAUUGCUUCCCAAUUAACAAGGGAAAUAGAAGUUUUAGCCCAGAAUAACCAAACUCGAAAAAAUAGUGCAUAGUGCUGAGUUUUAACUAAACCCCAGAGCUAAUCUACACUGGAAGGUGUUUAUAUCGCAGCAUAAUCACUUUGUGAUUGAAAUAGUUUAAACAAAAAUGCACUAAACCACAAAUGGUGGUCAAUUAACCAAACUAUGGCAUUAGAUGAGUUGGAGAUUAUUUCCAAACCAUUUUUUGUGUAAAUGUUUCAUUUCAGCCCCAUUAGCUUUUUGGUGAGCAAUUAAUUUAGCCCUCUACAGUUAAAUACCAAAUUUGUGCUGCAUUGCAGUAAAGUCUCGGAACCCUGUGUAUUAAUCCAUCUCUCAGUUGGCUGAUGAAGGUCUUUAAAGAAAGAACUUACUAAAAGCUGUGCUAAAUCCAGAACCAGCAUGGAGGACAGGUCAAAUGAAAUAGAAAAGGAUAUUGUUUUCACAUGUACAAACCAAGAUUACCCUUUUAUAGAUAUACCUUUAAAGGCUUACUCCAAGCACCUUGACCACUUCAGCAAUUUUUUUUUCCUAUGGUGCUAUAAGCCUGUAUGUGUAGUGUUUCAGUUUGAAAUGCUGCACAUACUUUAUAUUUGCCAAUGGGGAUAGAAACGUAUAGACCCGAAAUUGUGAUUUUUAGUUUAAUCCAUUGCCUCUCUUUAUGAGCACCAGUUUAAGACUACACAUAGACAGUGCUUCCAUACUGAAAUUACUUCAUGAUAGCACCUGUUUUGCAAAGUCAAUUCCAGUGUCUAUGUCAGUUGCACACUUUUCAUGGAAUAUAAUUCAUUACUUUGCAAUAGUAGCCAAUAGAAGUUGAACAAUUCCAUGAGAUGUAAUUUAAUUAAAUAAAGAUAUUUUCUAAAAUCUUUACAUAGGUAACAAUUAUAAUGUUGUUUUAAAAAACCCCCACAAAGUUAUAAUCUGAUUAUCUAUUGUAUGAAUGGAUUAUUAAAGAAUUCAGAGCAAGCCAAUUGUGGAUUUCAGCUCUAUUAUUCCAUAUCUUUCUAUUAUUUUCACCCCUACGCAGCUUAAGCAAUUAGCGUGUUUAUAAAAGGUCUGUCUUUAAAGUCUAAUUGUUUGUUUAGAAGUACAGUACAUAUUUCUAAAGCGAUUAACAUGUUGUUAGUCCUUGUCUUUUUAUGCCCAAUUCAAACCUUAAUCAGCACAAGUGCUGAUUAAGGUUUGACAUACAUACAACAUACAGACAAGUGCCAAUCACUGACAAUAAACACAAUGCAGACCUUCUUCAGCACGGAGAGCAGGAAUCUGAGUGUAACAAGCCAUGAAAUGAACAAAUCCCUUUCUUUGCUCUGCCACUUCCUAACAAUGAUCUGUGAAUGUCCUUCUGUGAAGAAUAUUAGUUCCAAUUAAGGAAACUUACAUCCCCUGGAGGAGGUACUCAAAUGGUUCAAAGCCUCUGACCAACAGCCAAGACAGAGCUGAUAUCACAAGUCAUAGCACAGUCACAUUGCAAAGCUGACACAUACAGAGGCUGCCAAAUUACUCUGCUUUAAUGUGCCAUUUUUAUAAUUCUAAGCAGAAUACAAGCUGUAAUAGUACUAAACUGGUGUGUUUUUACAUAUGUGUUCUUUGAAACUACAGUAGAAUUACCCACUGCAAAACACAGCUGUAAGUUCAUAGACAGAAAAUAAAAGUCUAUAUCACACACUCACAAAACCAUUCUAUUGCUAUAAAUUUAAAUGAUUAAAUAUUGCAAAAACAAACACAUGUGCUAAGUAGCCUAAUAUGAAAAUUAUAACAAUAUGAGAUAAACCACUUACAGGCUUUAUUAAAAAGUGCCCAUGUGGUUACGUAUGUUAGCUAAACUCCACAACUCAUAAAAUAGCUAGUAAGUCAUAAUUGGAAUAAUGGUAUAUGGUAAUAUAUGGAGAGCUUGUAGACAAUAGACAUAACGUUUGUCUAGUUCUUUUGGUAAUUGAGGCUGGAUCUAUUAGUCUGACAUUAAUCCUGACAUUAGUAUGUUGCUAAUAUUGAGAAAACUGCAUGUAAACGUGCCUAUAGGUAUAAGUAUAAGUAUAAAACAAUCUACACAAAUAUAGAUAUGAAAUAAUUGUGGAGGUUGGGUUAUCAUGUACCCUAAAUUAAAGUAUUCAAUACUAAACUUCCAUUACAGCAUGCUACUAAUAGAGAAGCUACAUGCUUGUUAAAGCAAAGAAUGCAUUAUACCUAUAAUAGACAGAGAAUAACAGACAGGUUUAAUACCUCAGCUAUAAGCAGCAAUUGCAGACCGCUUACUCCACCUCCCUCUCUCCCUUUAAAGCUGACUAAAUGGAAACAGGAGACAAGAAAGAGAAAAUGGUCUCAAAGUGACUAGUGCAGAGUGUGGGAAGUGCACGUGAAAUGUGAGGCAAAUAACCCAAUGCACAUUUUGGUGCUACUAAUGCACCUAUGUCAGGGGCCAGCCCGUAUCUCCCACCCAUUGUAUACUGGCCUAUAGGCUAUCGUAGAGGAGUAGGAGCCUCAUCUUUGAUGUCAUUGCAUGUAAUACUACGAAAUGAUCAACUGUGUGCAUCCACAUGUAAAGGUGAAUGCCCCUAGAGGAUUGGUAAGGGGCGAAGGGCCUGCCUUUUCCAAUAUUACAUGUUCCGUCUCUUAACUCCUCCCUUCUUACUGACGUCUAUAUCUGUGAGUGUAACUCGCAGUAGGCAGUACUUAAUGAGAGGAACCCACACUUCCAUGACACGCCCUCUCAGAGUGUUAUGCUGCAGAAAGAUCAAUAUACUGAAAGCACAAUAUUAUUCAAGAAUAGACAUGUUGUGGUGGAUGUGUCCUUAAGAACAUCUUCAGCGCUAGAUUUACAGAAUAACGGUUCAUAAGGAGAUUCUUGCAUUACAACUGAUAUAUAUAUAUAUUGGUGUGUUAUUACAAUUAAUCGUUACUGGAAGAAAUUAUAUAUAUAUUGCAAUAUCACCAUAAAGGUACAUGUUGCCGAGAUUGCAUUACUCAUAUCCAUGUUAUACAUACAGAACAUGGAGGAGUGUAUAUGGGAAUUAUCUGAAAUGAAGAUUAAACUGCUACUAGGUUUUAAUCCACUAAGGUUGCAAACAAUUGUGGCCACAGAAAGACCAUGUUUACAAAACACCAAGUCAGCCCACCAAUAUGUAACGAAAAAUUCUAUUAAUCAUAUGGAUUUACAUAUAUGGAGGACGAAUUAAAAAAAAAAGGUUACAAAAACACUCAUUUAUGCUUAAUUACUAAAGUAAUCCCCCUGUCCAAAUGAAACUACCCCUGUUAAUGGGCAAACAAUCCAGACAUGUUUCGUAAAGUAAUAAAGAGAUGGUCAGAUGUAUAGCCCUAUUGAACAUUCAUAGGGGUUUUGAGAUGUACCUGAAAAGGACACAUGGCUUGAUAUUGUGAAAACCCAAUUUAAAAUGACUGAGGGAAUGCAAAGGAGUAAUAGACCAAAUGUAAAUUCAUAUGGGGAAAAUAAACAAUUGAUGAGCAUAUUUAUUCAUGCAAGUUGUAAAGAAAAUGUAAUGGCCUGUAACAUGUAUAACUUGUUACUAUACUAACUUAGAGUGAUCCUGAUUUAUGUAUGUUAGACCAUGUUCUACUCAUUGCGGAGUGGUUCAAAUUGUAUGAAUCUGUGGUCCACCUAAUGCAUCGUGAUUAUAUUAUACAUGGGAAAAACCAAACGUGACUAAAACCAUAUAGAAACAUACCUAUAUCACUUCUAUAAAAUUGACUAUACAUACUUUUUUCAUAUGCAUUCAAUUGGGAACAGAGUUAAUAGCACUCUAGAAAAUAUAUAAUUUGAAAAUGAGUAAUGUUUCACAAUAUUUCUGAAAUAAAAGGAGAUAAUGAAAAACCCUCAUUUGAUCCACAUGAUGACAGAUUUUAGUUUGUGGAUCCAGAAGCAUCCUCUAUGUUUUUUGUCCACGUCACCUUUCCUUUGACCCAUUUUCACCAAUUCCAUGGCAGAAAAUCUCAUGCCUUCUGCUGAUACUUUAUACAAUUCUUUUAAAUGUUUGGGUUGGGUUUAACCAAAUUUAUGAGCUCCAAAAUUCUGACUUUAUCACCUUUAUCAGAACUGUUUUUAAAGUAUAGACUGGGACAAUCCAAGUAAUUCCACAGGCAAGCUUUGGUUUUACACUUUCCAUCUUCAUUGUAUAUUCCUUCAACAUAUUGUGCUGUCACUCAGAGCAUAAUAUAUGUAUAUAGAUCUGCCCUGGGUAUAAUCAUUAUCAGCAGCCCUAUUUAGGUCUAGGUUUAGGUAGGUGACAUGAGCAGUCCCAUGCGAUUAAGAUGGUUUUUCAUUUUGUCCUUGUAUUUUGAUAGCACAAGCUCUUUAAGUAUACCUGGAGGAUGUGAACAUUGCCUUCAUAUUGUUAAUACACAUUCUAACAUGGUGAAAUGCUGUCUGUGCACUGCUAUGAAAAUGACACCAUGUUUGUCAUUGUGGAUGGGAAGAGGAAAGUCUCAAGUCCAAUGUUGUUGAGUUGGAAGGCUUAGCAGAUGGGAUGUGCCAAUAAUAUGACAAAUUAUGGCAAUCUUUAUGGCAGCCUAGUCAAACACACACCUGUCAGUGAGAAGUAUCACCUGUGUGUGGGUAUUCUGAGCUGUGUAAGUGUACAGGCCAUAUGCAAGCAGCAUGUGACACCAGUGGGAUGUGGGUACAGCCAGUAGCCCCUAGUACAUUACAGAGGGGUCACUGAAUAGAAACCUCUAUUGACACUUGCUGUUGAUGACCUAGUUUUAGUGAAAUAAGUCGGACUAGGAUAUCCAGUAUCACAAGUAUCCAGGAAGUUUAUAGAAAUUCCCCGAGCAACUUUAUUAUUAGUGGGAUGGAUGUCUGGAUGUUGGCAUGGCCAAUGAGAUUAUGCUCAUUGUCAUCUAUGCUAUGGAUCAUUUUCUUUCCAUCCUGUUGGAGGAGCUUCAUAAUCAGCUAUAAGUUAAAACAUGUCAGUCUGUUCUUGUUAAUAUUACCUCACUAUGCUGCCUGUCUGGAGGCACUUUUCUCAAAAGAAACAGCUAUCUUGGAGAUGUGAACUGAUGGAAAACAUCAUGUCGAUGUGUAUGCCUUAAAUGUUAUUACAGCUCAUAUUGGGUUUAUAGGGCAUUUAGAGUACCUGCUCCUUUUGUAUACAUUUUGCUACAAUUAAAAACUCACAGCAACACUGCAUCCUUUUUGCGAGUACUCGACCUAAACAAGAAAUAAAAAGCAAAGGUGAAGACAACACAAUUCAUCAUUGUAUUCUUCACAUUUAAAAAACAAAAAACAUAAUAAUUCACAUUUUUUUUGAAAGUAGAGAUUUGCAAAGAAUUUUGAUUCAUGCUGGAAGCCUGUACAUUGUCCAUUAACAGCAGGGCAAAAUGUAAGAUAUAUUGAGCAUAUACAUAGCGAAUAAACUGUGCAUAUAUUAACUUAAUUCACAUUUGUACCAUCAAUUUGUUUUUGCCUUUUACAGAGACUAAUAAUAACAUUAAUACAAAUUAAUUUAAAGAUAUUUCUGAAUCCUAGAUUCCCUGGCAAUUAAUGCAACACAACCAAUCAUAAGAAUCUGUGCUUAUCUGUCAGUGUAAGUACUGGAGAAAAAAUCAUAAACAGAUAUCGAAUCAGAGAGAGAUCAUAAUUUAAUGACAGGUGUUUGAAAAUGGUCUGUCGGUGCAGUCUAGCUCAAAGCAGGUGGGUUGGGCAGACAUCAGUUACAAAUACUGCUCACUUUUUGAUGUUUGGGGAACUUGUUUUCAUGCAGUCAUAACUCAUUACUUUUUCUUAUAAUGAUGUGUUUCUCUAUUUUUACAGCCAACAUAUAACAAGAGAUACAAGAUUGAGGGAAUUUUAAUAUCAGACUGUGGCCUCGACUUAAUACGUUUAGAUAUACUUUGAAAUUAUUUCAUAUUUUUAGAUUAACUUUAAAAAAUAUAUAUAAAUAUUAAAAUAUCAAAAAAUAUAUCCUAUAUAAAAAGUAUAUCAGUAUAAUGGGAAAAAAAAUAAAAUAUUAAAACAUACAAUAUUUAAACAAUAAUUUAAAUCAGUUUAAAAGUUUAUCCAAAAAUAUUAAAUCAUUUAAAAAGCUUAUCCAAAAGUAUUAAAUCAAGGCCAAUGAUGUAAAUGCAAUGGUUUAAGUUAUUUGAGGCCAUCUCAGUGUGACAAUUAGUUUGGGUAAUUCAUACAUUUAAGAAACUUAUAGGGGUAGUCAGCAACCUUUCUAAAAUAGAAGACAUCACAUGGCUGUAAUCCCAAUCCUCCAAAUCAGAUGUGGCUGUGUGUUUUUCUUCAAAAUAGUCCCCUAUAAAUAUGUGUUGUAAAUAGUUCAAUUGGAGAGAUUUUCAUGGCUUUUUUGACAUAACAUUUGGAAUUCUCUUGUCAAUUCUCCACAAUUUCAUAUUUAAUAAAUGCCCACAAGAAUUUUGCUGCAGCGAUGAAGCCAUUGCUUAGCCAAUAAGUAGGUUUUACGUCCUUCUAAAUCCCUUUUAGUAAACAGUAUCUGUACUAACAUUAAUCUGCUUUCGACUUACAUACAACUAUUCCAUCUCAUUUCUAUAUUUGGCCUUGUUUUCAUAUUUUUGGAUAAACUUUUAAAAUGAUGAUUGUUUUCAAUUUGAAAACAGACAGAAAAUGUACAUAUAUAUCAUAUGAGAAAUAUAAAAAUAAUAAAUAAUGCUUUUAAAAUAUUAAAUAAUUAGAAAUAUGUAUCCAAAAAUCCUAAAUCAUUUGAAAUGCUUAUCCAAAAAUAUUAAAUCGAUGCCUUUAUGCUUACAAGCUACUGUGAAUUACCCACAUCCACCCAAAAACUGAAAUGUCUCCAUAAAUCUCUAUUAUUAAUAUCACAUUUUAAAAUAAAGCAAGCUCAUGUUGCAGUUGUUUUAUGCCCAUAUUAUGGAUAUUUAAUUCUGUUUUAAUACUUCUAGUACAUUGAGGAUCAAGCUGAUUCAUUGAUUAAGUGUACAUGUCUACAUGUAUACAUCUCGUGGUAUGCCUGGUACACUUUGCAAAUAUGACUUGUACAUAUAUAACUGGUACACUUUGCAGGAUGUGCCUAUAUGAGAUAUUGCUCACAAACCUCAAUUAUAGCCACUAUAACAUGAUCAUUAGUUUAAUACACAGAGGCAUAGGUAAAUAGAUGUGUUUCCUGUUCCACAGUGCUGCAAGUCCAUGUACGUGUGUGUGUUUGUGUUUGUGUGUGUGUGUGUGUGUGUGUGUGUGUGUGUGUAUGUAUGUGCGUGAUAAAGGGAUCUAUUAAAGACACUGUAUUUGAUUUGUGGGGUUUUUUGUGGGUUUUUAUUUUGUUGUUGUUUUUAAUUAGCUGGUUUUAGGGCAUGUUUGUCAGAUAAAACAUUGAUUCAGUGUUUUCACAGUUGGGAAUUGUUUAAUUUAUAUUUGUAAAUCCUAUUCUGCUUCCCAUUGAGCUAACUAAAUUGAUUCAUUAAUUUAGUUAAUCUUUUUGACUGAACAAUAAAAUGGAUUUUGGUGGUUAUUGAUGCAUAAUCCAUAGUCUGUCAAAUGAACUGUCACCGUGAGUAAAAACAUUUUUUGUUACUAUCAAUAUGUAAGUAGUGUGAUAAUAUGGAGAACUGAAGUACUGAACUCUGAUGACCAGUCACAAGGGGGUUACUACAGUCUUAAGACUUUCCUGCAGGUGUUUCAAUAUCUAUGUUUGUCUGUGCUGUUUGUGUUCAUUGUGGACUGUGUCAUCAUCUCUUACUUGCUCCCUUUACAUUACAUUCUACUAGACAAGUACCCUGCUAAUGGGAAAUGUUUGACCCUAAGAAUGUUGCACAGUUAUAUGGUUGUAAAAGGGACAUCUUAUUAAUAUUAAUUCAUUUAUUGUAAUAUACCCCACUUUUUUCUUAGCAUGUAACCAAUAGGAUAGGUACAAACACAUUUAGUGAUGCAAGUAUUAUUGUAAAAUUGGAGUGCAUUUUUAUAGGUAAUCAACCACAGCCUAAUAUGUGGGAGACUGGAGACGUGCCCUCACAAUUUCAAUGUCACUAUUGACUGCAUUGCCAUGCUAGUCUGUAAAGUAGUCUUUCCGAUCUGUCAAUAGCAUGUUUUAUAUAUAUAAGAGAUAUAGUGCAACUAGUUAUGAAUUUUUAUUUAUUGCAUAUUAAAAGUCUAACAUUGUCGACAACAGCCAAAAAUAUUGAUUUAGGGAAACUACAAGGUUAAAGAGACACUAUAGGAACCCAGAAUACUUAAUUUCAGUGAAAUGGUCUGGGUGCAAUGUCCUUGUCUUAUUAAACCUACAAUGUAGAACAUUGCUGUUGUGUAGAAACUACAAUGUUUUCAUGGCACGGUUAACACACCUCUCGUGCCUGUCUUCCUGACAUCCCCUUGAGGUGCUUCCUCGUGAGAACCGAGUCAGACUCAGUCCAUCAUUUAAAUACUGUUCGUAGAAGGCAUUUGAUUGGAUGAGCAUGGCAUUUGCUGUGCAUGUGUUUUUUGUCCCCAGUGCUUCUCUAUGAGAAGCAGUGGAUUGGACAAGAACGAGGAAGGCAUCAGCAGGCUUGUUGAUGAAGAUGGGGUGGGGCUGGCAGCUGCAGCAGAGGUGUAGAAAUGAGGUAAGUAAACUUUAUGAUGCUUUAUGAAGGUUUUUAACAUCAAAAGGAUGGACAGAGAUUUGAGCAAUACAGGGGAACUUGUAAAAAAAUUAAGAAAAAUAUUAUUUCAGGACUAUAGGUUCCAUUUAAGUAUCAUGUAACUUAUAAGUAUAUUCCAUUAUUUUUCUCAUACUGCCUAUGAUGAUUUUUAAUGGUGGGUUUUAUAAUGAAAAAGCUAAUGUUAAAAAUAAAGGUUCGGUGUUUCCUACAAUCUACACUAUAAUUUUAAAAUAUAGCUUUACUUUAGUAAUACUUUUUUUUUACAAUCUUGCCAUUUAUAUGCAUCUUCCAAGUUACUCGCUAGACUAGGAAUAGUGGGGAAAUCCAAAAAUGUAAAUGUUGGAUAAAUUCUCCAGCACAGUUCUGUUUUCAGCAUGUUUUUUUUUGUUACCUGAAAUUCAAUAUAAUGCAUGUCAAUUGUCUACAAUAACCACAUCAUUGCAGUUGAUUUUGUACAUUUCUGUAACUGAUUACUUUCUUAAUACAAAUGCUUCCCAAUCUGAGUUCUUUCCAAGUAGCUACCCGCCUGUUCCUCUCAUUUAAGGAAUGGUUUGGCAUCCUCUAUCCCUGUUGGUAGAGGCUCACAGUGAGGGAGUUUAAGCAUGCGUAGGAUAGACAUAAGGCUAUCCUACAUAUCAGAUAAGGCAGGAACUAAUGAAAGUAUUUAGAAAAUUGGGCAGACUAGAUGGGCCAAAUGGUUCUUAUCUGUUGUCACAUUCUAUGUAUCUAUGUUCCCUUACAUGUAAAGACAUGGAGAGAGUAUUCCUUCUGCUGCUGGUGCCAAUUUCCCAAAACAUUUUUCUAGGGUGAUGCCUUUGCUAUAAAAAACAACUACAACAACAAUAAAAUGCAGGUUUAUUAUAUAUACAUAAAAAGUAUUAUUCAUGAAAUUGCAUUGAUUAUAUUAAGUUUUUAUGUUCUUCUAUUUUCAGUAAAUCUCAGAAACCCGGAAAUGAUCAAGCCUACAAUGAUUUAUGGAGAAACAAUAACAACAUGCCAGUGGUUUUGAACAAUCCGUAUCUGGAGAGUGAGCUGGUAGGACAAUAGAAUGAUUGUUCAAAUGUUUAGUUAUAGAUGAUAGGAUAAUAUGCAAGCUGAACCAUUCAAAGAAAACUUGCAUCUGAUUGUCAUUUAUUGACUUUUGAGCUCUCCGAGGAAGAAUAACAAAUCAGUAACAAUCUGGAGGAUACAAAGCCUAUUCAUGAUUUUAAAGGGAAUACCUAGUUUACAAAAUGUAUAUUUUUGUAUUAGGUUUUAAAAAUGCUGUUCCUAAUUGCUUAGAAUCCUUCAUAUCCUUAGAUUUAAAGGGGCACUACAGUCACUAGAACAACUACAGCUUAAUAUAGUUGUUCUAAUAAGUAUAAUCAUUCCCUUAAGGCAAGUUAAUGCAAACACUACCUUUUCAGAGAAAAGGCAGUGUUUUCAUUGCCCUCUAGGGACACCUCCAAGUGGAGACGCUGAAUGUUCCUCAUAGAAAUGCAUUCACUCAAUGCACCUCUAUGAGGAGUUGCUGAUUGGCAAAAAAUUGAAUUUGGCCCAGUCUCCUUGCCAAUUACAGCCAAUCCAAUGCUUUCCCUUUGGGAAACCCUUGGAUUGACUAAAAAUGGCAAUGCUGAUGAUGUCACCAAGGAGGUGGAUCGGGGCGGGGGCGGGAACAACACCGGCUGACCCGCUUGGCACUGGAAAGCAGGUAAGUUUUAACCCCUUCUAAUGGGGCUAUGAGGGGAAAGCAACCUAAGUGGUGUAUUUAACACUAUUGGGUCAGGAACACAUGUUUGUGUUCCUGACCCUGUAAUGUUCCUUUAAGACUUCUACCACACCUAAGCUAGUCAACUCCCAUUUUGCCCAGUAUUAACUUCCUUAUUGGUGCUUGGCAAUGACCAAUCAAUUACUUCUCACAGAGCUGCACUGUGGACACAGGGAGAAAAGUAUUAUGAUUGUCGAUGUAAACAAUAGUUUAGUGAAUAUACCCCCAUUCUCUGCAUGUUCUAAUGUAAACAGUGGUACUGACCCAGAAUGUAAGAUAGGAUCACUGACAACCAUAGAAGAUAAAAUAAUACCAUUAUUUCAUUGCUAAACAGCAUAGAAAUGAGCAGUGAGACUGCAGGAGCAUUUAUAGACCAAAGACAUUUUAUUAAGCUGAAGUACACCUAAGCUAUACUGCAUACACCUAAACAUCUCCCUCAUUGUCUUAAUAAUGUUUCUGCAAAUUGUUGAUUGAAAUAAUAAAGCCAUUUUAAAUAUAUAAAUAUAUUGUGCAUCUUGUAAAUCUAAGUAAGGCACAAAACAAGUGUUCAGACAAAGAAGCAACCCAAAAAAAGUCUAAAAAAAAAAAGAUUAACGGGUAUGAGUAAGAGUAGGCACAUGGUAGAUAUUUCAAGCACAGAGGUUAGAGUCAUUUCAUUAUACUAUAGGAAAUGUAGAAUACAUUGCACAAUCAUAGUUAUAGAAAAAAUAGCAGCACAGCGUUUCCCUGUAAUAGGAGUUAUCCUGCAACUGAGCCAAGAUAGCUGACAUUUUGACAUUAACAUGAGACAUUCACAAGCAUGAGAGACAUUGUAAAUCAACCAAGAUAUAUAAAGUGGUACGUGGGAUACAGGUGAUGUAAAAUGGGCAGUACUAUUGCCAUGACAACAUGAGCAAAACAUAAUAAUCAACAAAAGGUCAUGGGUAGGAAGAGAAAUAAACCGUGCAGUCUUUUUAAAAAUGAGAAAUUACAGCAAAACUUGCAGUGUGGCUGAUUGCAAAGUACAUUCAAAUGUACGCUUAACACUCUAUUUUUUUUUUUUUACACAUCUUUAUAUUGUUGUGAUAAAGUAGAACCCGGGGUGAAGGACGUGUUAAUACAAAGAGAUGACCCUGGAAAUGUGUGAUCUUUGACCACUCUCAUAACAUCUGACAUGUAUAUGAAUUGUGAUAGUUAAAGAGAUGCACGGGACACCUGGGAUUUCCUUGUAAAAUAACUCGGCAUAUAAACAGACAGAUUAUGGGAUUCCCCCACCAUACGUGCCUAGAGAUUCUCUUUUUCUGUGAUUUCUCACUAAGCUGCAUGACUCUAGUAAUCCCUUUCACUGAGCGUCUGAUCUUCAGUCACAACAUUAAUCUGCUUUUAACUUAGAUUUCUGACAUAAAUGCAGGAUUUCCCCUCCAUUCUGAUGCUGAUCCAUUGUGAAUUACACAUGCCCCAGAAAGUAGAAGCUGCUCCUUUAAUCUGUGCAGUGCCCUUCUCGUUUUGUCACAUCUACACGUUACUAUUUUACAAACAGAAUGGCAAAUACUUUGCUCCUAAUUCCAAAUAGACUUAGUGUCAAAGCUCUCUACAGCAAAAAAAAUACAGGAUCAAGGAGCUGCUAGUAUUGUCACUCUGUGAGUCUACUUUGGGAAAUACAUUAUAACAGCCCUUCUUUAGCAGGAACCACCUACUGAUACCAUGCUUUUUAGACAUAAUUUGUCUCUAGGUGGUGUUUUUAAAGGGACUUUCCAAACACCAUAACCACGACAGACCCCUAUCAUGGUUAUAGUUCCAAGUGUACCUGGCUAAAUGUUUAAGAACAGUUUGAAAACUUGUCUAGCGCCUGACACCACCGCCUCUGCAAGAUACUUCUGCCGCCAAACUUAGCUGGCUCUAUAGGUCUGUGCUGAUUGGCAGAGAGUCAGUUGACACUCUCAGCCAAUGACCGGCUGUCCAUGGCAGUGCUUAGCUAAGUGGAGCUAACAUAAACUCCAUGUGGGAGGUAAGCCUGACAGGACCCCAGAAAGUUAUCAAACCAUUCUUAAAACAUUUGACUACAUAUUCUGAGAUAGCGCCAGGCAGUCUUUGUAUAACCACUAGAGCAGGCUGUAGUGAUGAUGGUGCUUGUAGUGUUCAAUCAAAGUUCCAGUACUCUUUUACAUACAGCUAGACUAUUGUGAUUUUAAAAGAGGAGCCAGUCAAAUGCUCUCUAGGGAAGUGACAACUCUAUCUGCAAGACUCUAGCAAUAAUGGAUCUAGUUAAGUCAUUUACCAAAUAUAGGACUUUUUAUCUUUGAUAAACAGAAGGCAUCAUAAUAAAUCAAUAUGAUAUCAGCAUGGAUGUACUAAUGGUAUUGGGUAUUACAGGCAGAGGCUUAUUGGAUUUUUUUAUCUGAAGUCAGAAAUAUGACAAAAUAACAAGAUGACACUCAAAAACGUAGGAGUUUAUUCGUUAAAUGUAUAAUUGCAGAGAAUUGACAAUGGAAUUGCAAAUUGUAAUUUAAAAUAUCUAAACUAAGACAUUAUUGAGCAAAAGAUUUUUCUUUCCAAUAUAGAUAGAUUUUUUGGGGGGUAUGAAAUGUGCCGUUCCCUGACAAUGUCUGGUUUAGUGCAUAAACCUAUAGAUGUUUAAUUUGUAUUUUUAGUACAAUAUUUAGCUGAAUAAUACUAUAUAACUAUAAUGCUUUGUGUUUUAUAUGUUUGCAAACUAAAUUUCCCAUGAUGAAAGACCUGCUGUGCAUCAUCGAAAAUGUAGUUCACAAACAUCUGCAGUGCUAUGGUGAAUAAGUCCUUUUGCAGAUUAUUAGCCUUGUUUAACACAGUAACGUAAGCACUGGAGAGAAUGGGAUCUAAAAAUGAAAUCUUGUAGACUUGGUUCAUUUUACUGGAGUACUCUAUAAAUGUAAAAGCCUGAAGGCUGUGAAGAGUUUAUCCCUGUGCAGUUCUGAGGAUGCACUAUCCAUGGCAGCAAUCACAUGUGUGUGUAUAUAUAUAACAGUUGAAAUUCAGUUAGACACAAUGAGGUUUUAAGGUGGUUUGCAACAAUAGAAAUGCACUGUUAAAUAGAGAGGGCCACACAGAAUUGGUAAUGAGUGGGGUGAGUAAAAGAGAGCUCAGGACCGAGACAAAGGGAACUAAGUGAAAUGGGACAUGCUGCUCGUUGGAUUGGCUUUAACACACUAGGAGGACAAGGCAAAAUAGAAAGAGACUACAGAUAAGAAAAAGAUUAUAGGAGGGAUAAAACAGGAAGACAAAUUUGUGUUUAAAUGGUUCCUGUUGUGAUGUGAUAGAUUGACACACAAUAAGAAUGUUUAGAAUUUUUAGCUUUUCUAACUGUGUUCUCAUAACAGUGUAGUUUACAGCAUUUUAUCUGUUGUACAGAUUACAGUCCAGGUAUCUUUAGUCUUGCAGCUAUUACUGGGUUACCCAGGGGAUGAUGAGGAUUCUAUUUUGAUUAUUACAUGUCUUGAUUUUCUUUACAUAUUUAUGUUAUUAUUAUUUUUUUUUAAAUUUGUCUCAUUUCAAAGUUAUGUUUGUAGAGACUAUUGGUAAGACUAUUUUAACUUUCCUAUCUUAUAAACACUGGGAGCAAGUAAACAUUCUUUGACCUUCGUUGGCUUUAAGGAAGACGGGCCAAUAAUAAAGUUGCCCCAGCUUUACCUAAUGAUGUUAAAAUGAAAUACAUUUUAAGAUUAUAUAAAACAACAUAUAGCUAGAUUUUGAUUUGAAAAAAAUAAUAUAAUAGAAAGAAAAUGGUACAGCAGAUUUUAAAAUCAACUAUCACAAUCAAUUUAAAACCAAGUAGGAACAGAUAUCGCCAACCCAAGUAAAUAUCCUUUGAUAUCCAAUAAAUCUUGUCUGUAAUGUAUCAGCAUUAAAUAUUUCAAAGUCACCCUGUUCUAGACAUUAUUUGAUGUUUUGUCAUCUUUAUUAUUUUUCUAUAUGUUUCUCUCCUUUCUCUGGAAUUUACGCUCUGUCUCUCUUUAGGUUUCAGCCUCAGGAAGACAUUCCCCUGCAAAAACCCAAGCAAAUGGAAGUCCUUCCAAAUGUCCUCGCUAUCUAAAAAUUCGAAACUGGGAAACAAACGCUGUGUUACACGAUACACUCCAUUUCAAAUCAUCCAUGGUAUGUUGCUCGGUCCCAAAGUUCAUAACCUCAGAUUCAUUUUGGACACUUGUUUCCAACAAAUGUAUUAAAGGAUGAUAUCACUCUGGUCUUGGUGGUAUAAGUCAUUUAAUUUAUGCCUGGUGCUUGAGCGAAAAAUUAAGAUUUCCUUAACAUAAAUCUGGUGUGAAUCCAUCCUUCUAACAUUUGCUUCAUUGAAGGGAUUCAUGGUGCCCUAUUAGAACAGAGCUCUGAGACAAUGGGGAACCGUUUAUACUAAACAUACCGAAUGCAGUGUCCACCUGUAUAUUAUUACUUGUCAGACAUUUUGUUUAGUAAUAAAUUACAUUUUUUCAUAUUUUUACUAAUUCCAAUAACUAUUUUUAUAUCCUGUUGUUAUUCAGCCAACACCUUGUUCACAGCAGUUAUGUUUGGGGGCAGUCAUGACCCCUCCUCAAUAUGUGCGCAAACCAGAAGAUGUCAGAACCAAAGAGGAACUGUUACCUCUUGCCAAGGAAUUCAUUGACCAAUAUUAUUCUUCAAUUAAGAGGUAAAAUCAAUGGCUAUAAUGCAAAUUUUAUACUAUGAGCUUCAAGCACUAAAACUGCCCCUUAACUGGACCUUACACUUUAUUGUGUAUUAAAACAUAGGACUGUUUUUUUUAUUAUGUUAUCACUUUUGUUAAAACAAAAAAAAGAUACUAAGGCAUAUAAUAGACUAAGUAUGCAUGAUAUACUUUCAAAGUUGUUCUAAUUAUUUUACUGAAAUAUGGUUUUGUACAUGAAUGUUGCAUAAUUAGCAGAUCUAUUUUCUCGUUAAAUGUAAUAUUGCAUUGCAGCAUUUGCAACUGUUUGUCCAUGCCAUUUAAUAAUUGCUUGUAAGUACAGAUUUUUUUCAUGGUGUUUAUAUAUGGUUGUAUGAUUUCAUUCUGUUAUCAGAGUGCCUUUUUAAAUAUAUGUUAUCAUGCAUUAGCCUGAACCAAGAGAAUGCUGGAAUAUUGUGUUGUUGGCGCCUAAAUGCUUCUAGUCAUGAUUAAAUGCAUGGCAUAAUUGUGUUUAUGUUACAUUAAUGGAUUUAUCUUUUUUUCUUGGAAGAUUUGGCUCCAAAGCUCACAUGGACAGACUGGAGGAAGUACAAAAGGAGAUUCAAGAAACAGAUACCUACCAGCUAAAAGACACUGAGCUGAUAUAUGGAGCAAAGCAUGCAUGGCGCAAUGCAGCCCGUUGUGUAGGCAGAAUCCAGUGGUCCAAACUGCAGGUCAGGAAGCUCUUGAGAUGCCAUCUGUUACAUAUUUGUACAUAAAAAAGUCUAUCAAUAAAUAUAUGUUGAAUUGUAAUUAUUUGGCUUGAGAUUCACUAGAGGGAAUACUUGUUCUUCAUGAGGAAAUUGAAGGUUUUUUUUUUUUUUAAAGAUGCACUCCAAACACCUAAAGCACUAUAGCUUGCUUUCAAUAGAAUAUGGUAGUUUAAUAAAUUGACCUGGUUACACCACCUGGGCUGUCAAUCAGAUAACUUGUUCUAUUACUUCCUGGCUUAGUUAGCUCAAUGAUGCAAAACAAGAAGCAGCAAUUUCCCAAAGCAUCUUCCUUGCAAAGACCCCCCAUUAAGCUGCAUUGGGAAGUCUGUGAUUGGACAGUCACAGAAUGUCUGGCCUAGGGAAGAUCUAAUGGGCUUACAAAGGCUGCUGACAAGAGAUCUGCAGCUUUUACAAGCUGCUUUUACAUGUACCUCCAAUUACAUUUUGUUUGUUUGUUUGUUUAUUUUUGUAAUUUUGCAGUGGAGUGUCCCUUUAAGAAUUAUAUUUAAUGUCAACAUGCAUGUGUAUUUACCAUGUUAGAGGAAUAGCGACUUUACAUGUGCAUGCAGGUAAUCAUAGAAUGCGGCAGCACUUCACUGAAGGUGUGCUUGUCUCCUAUGUACUCUUCAAUCUAGUAAAAGCAUUGAUAGUGUUAACUGGGGUGCUGACAGGAACUGUCACUCACAGAAAAGUGACCAUUCAUUUUUAGGGUUGGAGUCAUUGCCUCUUUGCAUAUUGUUGAUAGCUAAGCUUCAGUGAAUAUAGUCUUAAAUAAUGUUGGUGCAUAACUUUUUUCAUGGUUGGUGUAGUUCCGCUGAGUAUAAUUUGCAUGCAUCUGAUUAAUUAGAUUUCAAGGCAAUUUUAUCUAGUGACCCAGGAAUGUCCCAUACCCCUAAGAAUUGGUAAAAACGAAAGCUAUUUGUCACCCUUGAAGGCAAACAGAAUGAUCUGCUAGCUCGACCAAAAGUGAUUUGAUCUAAAUCAGAGUUGUCUCAUUCAGUCACAGAGGUCCACUGACCUGACUGUGUAUGAGCAUUUUGUCAGUUAGUAUGCAAUUAAUCAAUCUGAUUUUUUUCCCUCUGUCAGUAAGUAAUACACUGACCUGUCAUUGGCCCUUGAGCAAUGGUGUUGUAAAGCCUUGAUAUUGGCUAUUGUAAUGCUAAAUUGCGCUAUGACUGUUUCUUCCAGACAAUGAUGAAUUGGUUUGUCUUUCUAUUUCUAUAAAUCAUCAUUAAAUACCCAUAUAAAAUAUGGGUAUAAUAAAAAUAAAAUAAAAACUUAACAAAAGUAAAAUGUGUUCUAUUUCCAAGAAAUAUGCCGAAUGCAUCCCUGUGCAUUAGAAUCGAUAGAUUUUAGAUGUUUAUUCUCAUGUAGAUCACAUUAUGGUGCAGUUCUGUCACAUUCCAAAUUGUGAUGGAACAUGUUAAUUAAGAUAAAGUUAUAUGUGCACAAGAUACAAAGUUAAUGAAUUAUGUAGGCUCUGCAUAUGUUCUACUGCUGUGUGUGUUCUUUUAUUAUGGUUUGUCUGUGGAGUUGUUGUAAUUAAAGGCAUGGGCCCAAUCUCUUUUUUUACCAGCUAAUAUUAUCCCUGUUUUUUUUUCGUUAUAGGUCUUUGAUGCUCGAGAUUGCACAACUGCUCACGGAAUGUAUAAUUACAUCUGUAACCACAUUAAAUAUGCCACCAAUAAAGGCAACCUAAGGUGAGACCUUUUAAUGUGCACGUUAGAUUACAAGUUAUGCACUUCGGGGUCAAGAAUGCACAAGCAACUUACACCUUAAAUGGUAGUGAAUUAGGGAUAACCACACACGAGAAGGAUUUGGGAAUUGUUAUAGACAACAAAUUAGGCAGCAAUAUGCAAUGUCAACCUGCAGUUGCUAAGGCCAGUAAGGUUUUGUCAUGUAUAAAUAGGGGCAUAAAUUCUCAGGAUGAAAAUAUAAUUUUGUAUCUUUAUAAAUCACUGGUAAGACCACACCUUGAAUAUACUGUGCAAUUUUGGGCACCUGUUCUAAAGCAGGAUAUCAUGGCACUAGAAAAAGUGCAGCGACGAGCUACAAAAUUGAUAAAAGGAAUGGAGCAUUUUAGUUACGAAGAAAGGGUAAAAAAAGUAAAUCUCUUUAGUUUGGAAAAACGGCGCCUGAGAGGGGAUAUGAUAACAGUAUACAAAUAUAUUCAGGGCCAGUACAAACCAUUAUCUGGAAAUCUAUUCAUAAACAGGGCUAAACAUAGGACACAAGGUCACACAUUUAGGCUGGAAGAGAGGAGAUUUUUUACAGUAAGGAUAUUGAAUUAUCUGCCUAGAGAGGUGGUUUUAUCAGAGUCCAUGCAGAUGUUUAAACUGCAAUUGGAUAAAAAAUUGCAAUGACAUAACAUACAGGGAUAUAAUUUCUAAUUAGUGGGAUAAUAACUGCUUCAUCCAAGGAGAUAUCUGACUGCUAUUUUGGGGUCAAGAAGGAUUUUUUUCCUAGUUUGUUGCAAAAUUGGAAGUGCUUCAGACUGGGUUUUUUUGCCUUCUUUUGGGUCAACAGCAAAAACAUAUGUGAGGAAGGCUGAACUUGAUGGAUGCAAGUCUCUUUUCAGCUAUGUAACUAUGUAAAAUAUCCUACUGAUCAGAAAAAAAUACAUUCAAAUUUUAAAUAUUGUUUUAUUAGUCCAAAUUUCCAGGGUGAUAAGGAGUUCUAAUGAUGAUAGAAAUGGUAAUGUGCACAAGGAAACACAUUUUCGAGAAGCACCUUUAAAAGCACUUACAAAGAUCUCACACAAAGUUCUACAAACAUGUAUAAUGAUUCUAGUGAACGGUGCAUCCUGCAAAACAGUUCAAUGACUAUAAAUAUCUCAAAUAAAUGGUCAAUUUUAGGCAUAGAAAGCUAUGUCUCUGCAAUUUUUUGUUAUAAUGCAUUCAAUUAACAUUAACCAAACCCCCAAUUAUAUCCUAAACUGGAUAAUGAAGCUUCUCCUUUAGGGCAAUAUGUUAUCUAUCUUUCCCUACUAGGACAUAAGAUGCAUUAGUAUGCUAACUUCUUUAUUUGCCUACAAUAACACCAACAUAAAACCAAUGAAAUCCCCUUACAUAUCAGAUCCCCACACUGCAGUUAAACCCUCCGCAUUUUCCAUUUUUCCAUUCCGUCUCCAACUUCCUCAUCCCAUGUCACCUCAUGUGGUGUCCCCUGUUUGGUGCUGCUUUGUCUCACUGAAUAAUCUCCCACUCAUUGCUUACAAUAACUCAAAUAUUCCUCAUAAAUCCUCUGUUUAGAAUGCUAGUCAUUUACUAGCAACUUUUAUUAUUAUAAUUAUUAUUAUUUAGUAACCUCCAACCUAGCGUUUAACGAGUAAAUGAAUCAUAAACGUGAAUUUGGCAUAGGAACUUCAGCAUAUAGAAACUACAGAUAAUGGAAAAAACAUAUUUAUAUAUAUAUAUAAUGAUCCCUUGGAAAUAAUAAUGUUUCAUCUGGGACUUAACCUAGGACAUGUGAUGGUCACUGCUUGAAAGUUUGUUUGGAACACUAUUGUGCAGUCAUUCAGAAUAUUUUUAUAAAUAUAAUGUGAGCUGCCCUUUCUCCUCACAGAUCAGCGAUCACUAUCUUCCCCCAAAGGACAGACGGAAAGCAUGAUUUCAGGGUCUGGAAUGCUCAACUUAUUCGUUAUGCAGGAUACAAACAGGCUGAUGGCUCGGUGUUGGGAGAUCCUGCAAAUGUGGAAUUAACAGAGGUAACCUCUUGCUAGCUAGUAACACUUCUUCAGGGAUCUGUGCAUGCGUGAAUGAGUCCUUAGACCGAUAGACAGCAUGGGUCAAUAAAUAUGGAAUUCACAGCAGAACUCUCUCAGAAAUAUUGGUGAUGAAACAUUUUUUUUCUUCUUGUAGAUUUGCAUUCAGCAAGGUUGGAAAGCACCACGAGGUCGCUUUGAUGUCCUUCCACUUGUACUUCAAGCGGAUGGCAAUGAUCCUGAGCUGUUCGAGAUCCCCCCUGAGAUGAUUAUGGAAGUCCAGAUCAGGCAUCCAAAGUAAGAUUUUUAAGAGUCGAAGAGAUUGCUGUGUAGUGGUGCUUUGAUACCGUGUUUUCUGGAAUACAUUGAAACAACUGAUGUCUUACAUGUUCAAAAUAAAAUAAGUCACUUUAGCAAAUGAGUCUAGUUUAUAUGAGCAUGUGGGAUUCUGCCCCUACCCUCACAGUUUUUGUUGCAAAUAAAAAAAAAAUCACAUUUAUUGGCUUUGUAACGACUACUGAUAAGUGUGUGUUAGAGAAAACAUGUCUGUCAUGACUGUAUCUGCAGUUUCCAUUCUCCUCAGCUGGUUUUGAAAAUGGCAUGGAAUCUUAUGGGGUUAAGUGUGUAUAGCCCAACAAGUCUGGGAUGGCAGCACCCCUCUUCAAACUUUACAUGGAGUAACAGGAAAUAUUUUUUUUUUCAUAAAAACUACUUAACUAGUUCAAGAAAGUUGACCUGUAGACAACUCACUCUUUACUCCCACUCCACUUCCCUUGCUGGAACAGAGCACGGGCAUGUGCUCUGAACCGGCUAAAUAGUCAAAUGAAAGGCUUAACUGUGAGAUGUUUUUGAUUGGACUGCUUGCGGCCGUCGAUGACAUCAGAUGGGGGCAUUGAAAGAGCCACCAGGAGCUUGGCACUGGAGAAAGGUAAGUUAAUUUUCUUUGAAAACAAUUUUACAGCGAUCAGGAGUGAGGAAGACCUCCAGAAUAAUCCCCAUAAGGGCAUUUUUCAUUAUUUUGUAACAUAUAUUAAUAAGGGUUGGAAUAACCCUUUAAUAAUAAUUAUAUAUUUAUCUGGGUAUCUAAAACUGAUUUUGUGUAAUUAUAACUGACCACUCAUCAGUUCUUGGGAUUGUCAGGAUGCUCUUAUUACGGCCGAAUAUGUUCUCAAUGCGGCAGAAGUACCAUUUUGUAUCACAUUUGAAAUUUCCCCAUUUCUGUUUUACUUUCAGAUUUGAAUGGUUUAAGGACUUGGAAUUGAAGUGGUACGGAUUGCCUGCAGUAGCCAAUUUGCUCUUAGAGAUUGGAGGCUUGGAGUUCAGUGCUUGUCCUUUCAGUGGAUGGUACAUGGGGACUGAAAUAGGUGUUCGAGAUUACUGUGACAACUCUCGUUAUAACAUUCUGGAGGUACUGUGGCCUGGUAAAGAGCUCCUCCUUUUGGCAGGAAUGGAUUACUGCAUAAUAAAUAAAAUCAUAUCUGUUUAACUAUGCUGUCAUAAACUCCCAAGUUCCCAGGAGUGUUAGAAAACUUACAUUAAAAUAAAUAGAUAAAUAGUAGUAAAAGCAUGUGUGUGUGUGUAUAUAUAUAUAAUAUUCAUUUUUUUCCCUGCACACACACUUUCAGAUUUUCCCAAAUGCCGGGUGCAUUCCAGCCACAGCCAAAAAUAAUAGAAAAAAUAGUGAAAAAAGGCUUGCACUCACUGUCUUUUUCUUUUGUAAAAAUGUCUUUCUUUAUUCCAUUUCUUGUUAAAACAUAAUCAUAGUCAUAAUCAAUGUUUCAGCCAUCGUCCGUGGCUUUCAUCAGGAUCAGUUCAGCAAAAAGUGCAUUUUUAUAUGCAUUUUGAUAAUGCUGACAAGUAGGCAGGUUUCCGUUUCAAAAUGAAUUGUUUCUUCCUGUUAAUCUUUUUUUCUCCUUCUGUGGGUUAUUAACUAAACUCCAAAUUUUUAAGAAUUCAUUUUGAAUGACAAAACUGAUGUAAAAAUAGCUGGAAAAAUUCUACAAAUCAACUUAUGCUGACAACAUGGCUAUUUUUCCCCAGUUUUGCCAUUCACAAUUAAUUAUUGAACAUUUAGAGUGUUAUUCGUUUAGCGAAUAACCCUGUUUAUCUAACUUUAUCUAAGGAGGCUGCUUUGCACACACCAUCUAAAAUAAACACAGUCUCCUAAAUUAGGUUUGAAAAUUAGAACUUUUUUUAGGAAGUAUGUAAGGGUACUGCGUGUCACCCCAGUGGAGGUUUGAUUAGAGCUGUAGGAAUAAAGGGAUUGCACUCCUAAAUGGCAGAGAAUUGAGCAGUGAGACUGCAGGGGCAUGAGCUAUACACAAGAAAUGCUUUAUAAAGAAGAGUUAUUUUGCAGCUUUAAUAGAAUGAUUGUUUAUUAAAGAAAUAAAUAAUAAUUAUCCUGCAAAUAUUAAAAAGUCAAUGCACAGUUUGUCAACAGCAAACAUCCCACAAUAUCACUGUGAGAAUAAGUAUCUUCUUCCAGACCUAGAAUAUUAAAUGAUUUUCCAAUCACUCACAAAUACUAUUAAAAUAAGUGUAAGAUAACAGACAAUUCAGGAAUUUGUAGAACGAUAAAAUUUUAAAAGAUACCUGUUUGCUUCUAGUGCGAAAAUGCAUUUUAACAUCAAAAUCUACUUCAAACGCCCAACAAUUCCAACAUUCCAGAUUAACAUAUCUUCCAUCUCUUGACAGUAUGUGAGUUAGUGCUUUAAUUUAUCAAUGAUUCCCUGGGCCGAACUCUUACACCAACAUCCUUGGUUUGCGAUGUCUGGCGGAAAUUUGACUUUCAAUAGGUCUUUUGUUGUGGGUGAAAAAUACAAUUUCUCCUGAUCAGAAGACUCAUGGAUCUAGGAUGCAAUGAAUCUAUGUGUCUGAGUGUAAUAUUAUAAUAUUAUUUUUUACAAUUUCUAGGAAGUGGCCCAGAAAAUGAACCUGGACACAAGAAAAAUGUCUUCACUGUGGAAAGACCAAGCUUUGGUGGAAAUCAACAUCGCAGUCCUCUACAGUUUCCAGGUACGAAUGGAAAUAACUAUUGGAAUUAAAUAGCUCAAGAGCACAGGCAAUAUUACAGAAUAAUUCACUUUACUCUCCAUUAACCUGAGCAACUAGCAAAGCUGUUACUGAUGUCAGGGCAUGACUGAAAUCACAUCUCUACUUUGUGAAUAUGGACUAGAGAUUCUCCUGGAAUGUUUCAGUGAGUGUCCUGAUUUCUGAAAGGAAAGGCAAACCUGAAUGUUAUCAGCAUUGAGAGUUUAUAUGAUACGCCAUAUGCUAGUUGGGCUUCUACAGUUUUUCAUUUCUUUUUUACAGAUCUGUUAAUGCAAUAGACAAGUGGUUAUCUGUGUAAUUAAAUGUAUUUUUUUAUAUAUAAAAUGAUACAUUACAAAUUCUAUGUUAAUUAAUCUUAAAGAGAUGUGAUCACUGAUUGUCUUUUGCUCUCUUGUUCCAGAGUGAUAAAGUUACAAUUGUUGAUCACCACUCUGCAACAGAAUCGUUUAUCAAACACAUGGAAAAUGAGUAUCGCUGUCGAGGGGGUUGUCCAGCUGACUGGGUUUGGAUUGUACCACCAAUGUCUGGGAGCAUUACCCCUGUAUUCCACCAGGAGAUGAUUAAUUACCGUCUAACCCCAUCUUUCGAAUAUCAGGUAUUGUAUUUUCCCACUAAAACAUCAAUGGCUGCUUAAAUCUUGUUGUAGAAAUCCCAAUAUUCAGUCAGUUUGCUUUCACUCAGAAUGUAGCUUUCAAAACAUGAAAACAAUCUUGUAUUGACAGAUACAAUGCUCCUAGCAUUUAUAGUAGCCAACACUAUAAAAUACUGUAAUCAAAGAGUACAGAGAAUGCCAAAGGAAUGCAUUAUAGAUCAUUUACUAAACACAAUUCAAUUAUUUUUAAAAAUAUAUAUUAAAUGAGAUAGUUUAUAACUUAGCUCAUCGUGGAAUUGUUUGCUCUUUAGACGAUUGGCCAGUAAUUAAAAUAUAAUUCAAAUAUAAUUUACUACUCACAGACAUAAGCAGUUCAUCUUUGCCUAAAGUGUACUGAUGGGAGCCCUCUUGAGGAUAAUUUAGUGUUCAUCAAGAUUAAUAGAAAGAAUUUAUAACACACAAAGAAAUACACACAAGACUUAUAGCAAUGGUUCUGGAAUUUGACAGCAGUUUCCCAUCAAUGAACUCAAAUCAGUUUGCUGUGCUGCUUAAAUAAAGCUGUGUUAAGUCCAAAAGUAAUUAAUAAGGCCAGCUCUGCUGAUCGCUGUUCAAUAAACCAGGGUAUCCUUGGUAUGGGAAAAGCAUUUCAUCUAAUAAUACUGAACAAGAUAUAAAACUAGAAAUUAUUUUUAAAAUUUAAUAAAACAAAAGUCAUUGCAUUUGUAGUUUAUUUUAUUUUCCAUGCACAAUUAAUAUCAGUAGCUACAUAACAAUUUUAAUUUGUUUUCAUUAGGUAUUUAUCCUUUAUCUAGAUAUUUUUGUUCUCGAAAGUAAUGUUUUAAUGUAUUUGAUAUGUUAGCAUGCAUGGACUGCAAAUUAUUUAAUGACAAAAGACAAAGAUCUUUGCUGAUCCUUGUUCAAACUCGUUUUCCUGGCACUAUAGUGCCCUGAGGGUGCCCCCACCUCGGCGCUGGGGACUCUCCUCCUCCUUCGGUCGUCAUUGGCUGAAUACGAAUGCACGGCAAGAGCCACGCGUGCAUUUAGCCAGUCCAUAGGAAAGCAUUCUCAAUGCUUUCCUAUGGACGCUGGCAUCUUCUCACUGUGAAAAUCACAGUGAGAAUCGCGGAAGCGCCUCUAGCGACUGUCAAUGAGACAGCCACUAGAGGCUGGAUUAACCCAUAUGUAAACAUAGCAGUUUCUCUGAAACUGCUAUGUUUACAGCAGGCAGGGUUAACCCUAGAGGGACCUGGCACCCUGACCACUUCAUUAAGCUGAAUUGGUCUGGGUGCCUAUAGUGGUCCUUUAACCAGUGGACAAAAAUGUUUUUACAUUUUACAAUUAAUGGAAUACAAGGAUGCAACAUCAAUUAAUUUUCUUUGCAAGUUAUUAAAACCAUGAGAAAAGGUUAUACAAAAAAGUUGUGGUAAAGGUUCAUACCUCACUGCCCCAUUUUAUAUCCAUUAUUGGUAAUAUUGGUAUUGAGCUAAAUUUUCUGAAUUACAAAUUGUAUCACCUAUGUUUGCUUUCUUAUCUAACACUAUUAGCCAGACCCGUGGAAUACCCACAUAUGGAAAGGUGUUAACGGGACACCAACCAAGAAGAGAGCUAUUGGAUUUAAAAAGCUGGCCAAGUAAGUGUUACAUUUCAGUAAAUAUUUCAAUUACUAAACUCUUGAAAACAUUCAAAUAGAAAGGAGACCGAUUUUGAUGUGCUACAACGUACGUAAUACUUUUACAGUUAUGAGCUAGAGAGUUUCUUUCAUAUGCAGUUUGUUUUCUCCAUCAGAUGAAGUUUAGCAGGCUUGUUUUUUUUUGUGCAGCUGAUGAUUGUUUCAUGAGGAUAUUUUGUAUUUUGUUUCCACAGAGCAGUAAAGUUUUCAGCCAAGUUAAUGGGACAAGCAAUGGCUAAAAGAGUUAAGGCCACAAUUCUCUAUGCCACGGAAACUGGAAAGUCAGAAGUCUAUGCAAAAACAUUAUGUGAAAUUUUCAAGCAUGCAUUUGAUGCCAAGGUACGAGGGAAUAUGAACUAAAUUUUAACACAGUAUCACUAAAUAUGGCUCCUGUACUCUGAUAAUUUCACAUUAUAUUCUUCUACUACCGGGUACACCUUGCCACUAGAAGUCUUUAUCCUCUAAGUCUUACAAUUUGCCAAAACACCUGCUAUAUGUUAAAUAUGAUAAGUUUGUUACUGUUAAGAACUGUCAAUAAAAUAUAUGAAAAGUUAUUUUUAUUGUGUUUUCUUGCCCACUUGUUUUUGUAAGAAACAAACUUGAAAGUACAUAGAAGCAAUUAUCUCUGAACUGUCCAAUGGAACUUACUUUUUCGUAACAACUCAGAUGUUUAUAGCAACAAUUUAUUUCUACAGACAAUGCCUAUGGAAGAGUAUGACAUUGUACACCUAGAACAUGAAACUCUUGUCUUAGUGGUUACCAGCACUUUUGGAAAUGGUGAUCCACCUGAAAAUGGAGAGGUAGGAGAAAACCACUUAACAAAAACUAUUAUGUUUGUAGUGUUUUAAAUAACCUGAAUAACCACUAGUUUUGCUGAGGAUAAAGAUUUUAGCAUAGCGAAAAUGUCACACUUGAGAAUGUGCUGAAUGCAUUUUUGGUUGCGUAUCUCUUGUGGACUAAUUUCUCCUCCUUUCAAAUCAAUCCAGCUUCUGCCCCUUGCAGUAAAUACUGCUCAUUUUCACUUGGGAUGCUUAUAGCUAAUCCAUCUAAUAAGGGCAAUGGAAUGCAUGUAAAUUGUAUUUUUCUGUUGAUUACAGAAAUUUGGAUGCGCAAUGAUGGAGAUGAGGCACCCCAAUUCUAAUUUAGAAGAGAGGACGUAAGUAAACUCUCAGAAAUUGAUAUACAUUCAGUCUGGCAAUACUUCAAAUAUAGACGCAACUCGUUGUGCAAACAGUACAUGGCAAUAUAUAGAGGGCCACAACACUGACGUUUACUAUGUUUACAAUAAAUAAAUUCUCUUACUGUUCAACUACCUUAUAAAUAUUAUUGGGAAAAAAAGUGCAAAGGUGCUAUGCUGAUACCCCAAGGAUGUUAUUGAACAUCAGCUCCGACAACUCAAGAACAGGCUUUGGCAUUUGGGGAAAACAUCUUGGAAAAAUUGCAGAUUGUUUGCUAGAUUUGGGGGAUUUCUUUACAUUAUCUUUAAAAUUAUAACUUUCCAUCAAAUACUUUAAGUCCACUAAAUUUUUGUGUUUCAUUUGAUGCUGAUCCUCGUAUCUGUUUGUCUUUAGGAGUUACAAGGUUCGUUUCAACAGUGUUUCCUCUUCUUCUGAUGCCAAAAAAUCCUCUGGUGAUGAGACAAGACCCAGGGACAAUUUUGGAAGUGCAGGUCCUUUAGCUAAUGUGAGGUAAAUAAAGAAAAUACAUUGUUCUGCAAUAUGGUUUAUUUCAUGCACUUUUCAAUACCUGAAGAAGAAACCAAUAGAAGUUCGAGGCUCUCUUGUCCAUAUUAUUUCCCAGUGCAGUUCUACAGAAUAGCUGUCCUCAAUUAAAACUAUUUACUAGAUGGAUCACAUACAAAUUGCAGUGUACUCGCCCAAUGGUACUGACAGGGUUAAAGGUAGUUUAAUAGUCUUUCUAUGCCAAGUCUUUCAUCUCCCUAAUACUUUAGCUAUACACUGUGCAGUGUGAUGAAGCUCAAAGCGCCAAAGCCUUGUUGUAAAAAGAUUACAUUAAUCAUCAAUCAAAAUUCAACAUUGUCCUCUAAUUUAGAAUCUAGGAUUAGUACUAGAGUUCUGUGGAAGUCAAUGACAAAUAAUGGGAAUUAAAAGGACAAUCUGUGGAAUUUAUUUACUAGUGAUUGGCAAACAGUUUUAUUUAAUUUACCAUUCACAGGUAUUAUGGUUGACAUAUGCAAUACCCCACUCAGCUCCUCUCUGAUUUUCUGUUUUGACCUACUCCUUAGAAGGACACUCUAUGCACCAGAACCACUACAGUUUAAUGAAGUGGUUCUGGAGCAAAGAGACUAUGCCUGCAGUCUCAGCAGUGUAGACGCUGUCUAUUCUGCGAUAAGGCAGUGUUUACAUUGCUUCCUAACAGCACUACUGUCUGUCACUCACUUUCUGCAUCCUUACGUUGAACAUGUAGGUGCUUAAUGAUCCCUUUAGAGAUGCAUUGAGUCCAUGACCUAGAGGCAAAACAACGAUGACUAUUAACAUACUAAUUAAUUAUACAUAUUGCCGCAGGAAACACCAAGGAUUUUAUCUUUCGUAUACUUAGAAAGCUAGAGUGCCGGACUUGGCUAUAUAUAUAUAUAUAUAUAUAUUUAUAUAUAUAUAUACAAACUUCCAAGCUCUGGCACUCUGCCCAAAAAUAUUAAAUAGUUCUAAAUGCCAAGGUGCUUCUCUGUGUAAAUAUAGAAAAAGCAAAAAAUGAGAGCACUCACUGGAUUUAACAAAAUUGCUUGUAUUUAAACAGUGAACAUACCAAUCAACGUUUCGACUGUCUCGCGGUCUUUAUCAAGAUCAAGACCGCGAGACGGUCGAAACGUUGAUUGGUAUGUUCACUGUUUAAAUACAAGCAAUUUUGUUAAAUCCAGUGAGUGCUCUCAUUUUUUGCUGUUUAUAUAUAUAUAUAUGUUGUAAAUUAUGGAAUUGUCAUUGAAUUAUCUUAUUCUAUUGUAGGUUCUCUGUGUUUGGGCUUGGAUCACGUGCAUAUCCCCAUUUCUGUGCCUUUGCCCGAGCUGUGGAUACUCUACUAGAGGAACUAGGAGGGGAACGAAUUAUGAAAAUGGGGGAAGGUGAUGAACUUUGUGGACAAGAAGAAUCUUUCAGAACUUGGGCUAAAAAAGUGUUUAAGGUAAAAUUAUGUUUGGUUAGAUUUAUUCACUAUGGUAAUGACACAAAGGCUAGAAAUAUUGUAGCACAGAUAACUGAAUUUUAGUUUAUUCAAAGGUAUGAUUCAUUAUGUGGAAAGUGGUAUUGCCAUUGCUGUACAGUAUCUUUCUAUCUAUGCACACUAAAUCACAAUUCAGUUUGUAAAAUAUAUUUAAAUUGUGUGGUUCAAGCUACAAUUAUACAGUGAUAUUAAAAGACCAGUAUUAUAAAAAGUAUGAAUUAUCAAGAAAAUUUAUGGGUUGUGCUAAUUACUUUUGUAGGGCUCGGAAUGCUGAGGAACAUUGAACAGAAGUCAAGUAGUGUAUGGAAUUAUGAAGGGAAAAUAAUUUUCUGUGAAAUAUACUAGUGCGAACAUUUCCACCUAGUUACCAGUUUUCUACAAGGGAAUUUAUUUUUGCUUAAAUGAUAAUUCUCUUAGGAUUCAAAAAUAUGACCAUAAUUCUCUUAGGAUUCAAAAAUAUGACCAAUUUAACUUUUUUUUAUCUUCUAAUUUUAAGCACCUUUUUAGUUUUCUUUUUUUCUCUCUUUGAGUUGGAUAUUUCAUGCAGAUACGACACUGCUUUCAUGGAAUCACUAAGCAAUAUUGGGUUUCUGUCACUUUGCAGGCUGCUUGUGACGUGUUUUGUGUUGGAGAUGAUGUAAAUAUUGAGAAAGCCAACAACUCGCUGAUCAGCAAUGAUCGCAGCUGGAAGAGGAGCAAGUACCGAAUCACUUUCAUGGCUGAGGCACCAGAACUAACACAAGGUAUAGAAUGUCUCUCAAACUCUUUCUUUGUACAUAUCAAUAAAUAGGUUGGCCUGGAAGCAUGAUUGGGGUAAUACAAAGAAAAACUUUUAAGCAGCAUUCAUCUGCUGGAAGGAUGAGUUGUGUGCUUCUUUUAUUAGUUGUCCAUAUAACACCACUCAGAUAGAGAGAUUAUGCCAGCAAGUGCUAUAACGGCAUUUGGUUUUUGACUGGGCCUUUGUUUGGGCAUUACUUUCAUUUGCUAGAUUUAACAUGCUGAAAUGUUAAACCAUCUUGCACUUCUCUGUCCUAUUGUUAUCUCUAUUGUGUAGCAAAGCACGUGAUCAUUACUCUGUAUAGGUUUUUUAAACAUAUCUCUUUUCUAACAGCUCUCUACAGUAUUCACAGAAAGAAAGUAUAUGGAGCACGUAUGUUGUGUCGACAAAACUUACAAAGUUCAAAAUCCAGGUACAGCAUUGGUGGAAUAUUCUUUACUAGUGAUGUGCCAACCAUUUAAUGAAAAGACCCUUUAUCAAUAAAAAACGCAAUUUAUGGUUUAGAAAACAUGGGAUGUGUUUUUACAUAUGUUCAUUUCUUGAACUGGAAUUCAGGAAAAUAUAAAAAUAAAAGACAUUUGUUUUAUGGGACAGUAGGCCAUAUUUCUUAAGACUAGAAAUUCUACAAACUAUGAAGCUUUGCCUAGCACAGUAUAUUCCUACAACAACUCAAGUUGUUGUUGCUGGCCCUCUUCUGACAAUUAUCAAUGCCAUGCUAUAACUCCAAUACUGUUUUCUUCGUGUGCCUCAUGCUUUCAAUUAAAACAUAAAUAACCAUUAUGAAAACUGAUGCAAUGGUCCAUUUUCUCUCAUUUUCAAAUGUUUUAGGCACCCUGCAGGAUUAAUGGGAAAGAUUCUAAAAAUAUAGAUGAAAGAAAUGUGGGCAUUAUAUUAAAAGUGAACCAAUCACCAUGGAAACUUAGGUUUUCGUGGUAAUAGCUUCACUUUUACAACAUUCUUACACUUUUCCAUUAGCAUUUUUUAUUAUUCUCCACCAAUCUUUCCUUUCUUGACUAAACUAUACCUUCCCAUUGUGAAUUAUAUGAGUUGUUAGGAGAAAAUGCACAGGGCAUUUUGUCAAAAUCAGAAUUUUUGGGAACUCUUUGAAACCUCAAAUAUUUCAAGGAAAAUGCUGUCACUAGUUUUACCAUUGCCAUGGAUAGACGUGUUGUCUGAAGUAAACUUCUUUUUAUUCCACAGUCGUUCCACCAUAUUCCUUCGGCUUCACACUAAUGGCCACAAAGAGCUAAAGUACAAGCCAGGAGACCACUUGGGAGUGUUUGCUGGAAACCAUGAAGAACUAGUCAAUGCCUUGAUUGAACGACUGGAAGAUGCACCUCCAGUCAAUCAGCUAGUGAGGGUAGAAAUGCUGGAAGAAAGGAAUACUGCCUUAGGUAUAAAAAAUAAUCUUUGACACAGUACUCAUGUAGGUUUAUAGUGAAAUUAAUAGUUAUGUUUUACAGUGUCCACAGGCAUAUGUCCAUUGAAUGGGAAGGGUAAAAUAUAACCUAAGAAAUUUGAAAAUAAUAUGAAAAUAAACAGGUAUAAUACAAAUUUUAAGGACAUAUUUAACCCCUUAAGGACACAUGACAUGUGUGACAUGUCAUGAUUCCCUUUUAUUCCAGAAGUUUGGCCCUUAAGGGGCUAAAGGGACAGUAUAGGCACCAGAACAACUACAGCUUAAGGUAAUUGUUUUAGUGAGUAUAAUAGUUCCCUUCAGGCUUUUUUCAUGCAAACACUGCCUUUUCAGAUAAAAAGGCAGUGUUUACAUUGCCUCAAGGGACACCUCCAAGUGGCCACUCCUUAGAUCGCCACUCUCCAGUGCUUCCUGGCUCAGUGCUGCUAAAAAAGCAGCCCUGACGUUCAGCUCUGCAUGGAGACACAGAAUUUUCCUCAUAUGAGGAGGUCCUGAUUGACCAAAAUGGCAUUUGGCCCCGCCCCAUGCCGAUUUUAGCCAUUUUGAUGAUGUCACCAAAGGGGCGGUGCCAGCACCAGCAGAGCCAGCACCGGCGGACCCGUGCAGCGUUGGAAAUAAGGUGAGUUUUAAACUUUAAUAGGUUGGCUAAGGGAGGGUAAGCCACCUUAUUAGUGGGUUAAAUACUAUAGGGUCAGGGAUACAUGUUUGUGUUCCUGACCCUAUAGUGUUCCUUUAACUACUGAUACUACCAAGUCUUCUCAAGCUCAUGUUGACUAUACCAUAUAUUUACUGUAUGUUGACUGUAUAUAUAAAAUAGUUUGAUUGAGACAUCUCAGUAGAUGUUUUUACCUUCACUGACAUAUAGAUAUCCAGUAUCCUUCCUAGUAUAACACUUAGUGGUAAGUCAAUAUAACAAUGACUAAAACAUUCUUGAAAAUCGUAACAUUUCAUUACAUGAAAAAAAAUUAUUCCAUCCAGAGAUUCUAAUAAUAUGGAAGAGUUACACUGGAACACCUUCACUUAUGGUCUAAAUGCUUCCUUCUAGUAGCCAUUUUCAAUGUCUACUAAACCACAAAAAGCUCUCGAAAAUUUCCACCAGUUGGCCAACUAAUUCUCAGCUAUGCCCUGUGAUGUCAGCAUUGAAGAAAUAAUAAGCUUUCAAAGCCCCCAGACAAGUGGACAUAAAAGGAGAGAGCUUUACACUGCUGAAAUGCAAUGGUAGAUAUAGGGAAAUGAUACAGGACAAUUAACUUUAUGAAUAGUUAUUCUAUUGUCAAAUGGAAAACAUGUCCAUAUUGUAACUUACUAAGAUGUUAUAAUAUUCCAUAUACUUUUUAUACUUUUUGUGCAGGUGUAAUCAGUAAUUGGACAGAGGAGGAGCGGAUCCCACCAUGCACCAUAUUCCAAGCCUUUAAGUAUUUUCUAGAUAUCACCACCCCUCCUACCCCAAUCCUAUUGCAGCAGAUUACACUGCUUGCAACCAAUGAGAAGGAGAGAGAACAACUGGAGAUCCUGAGCAAGGUGGGAAAAUUUAUACAUUUAAGCACAUAUAUAACGAGCUUCCAGGGUAAAAACACUAUAGAAUUUUUCUAUUGGUUGUUACGGUGAUUGUCCUAUGUAUCAACAAUACUUAUCCAGUUCUAUCUGUUUUAUUUACAAAUUGUUAUUUUAAUGUUAUCUUACCAUGACUUCUAUUAAAUAGAAUUAAUGUUUGGUUUGUAGCCUCAUUCCCACCAUGCUUUAUCCACUAUACCUAAAAACUAAUAAAAUAUUUGGGAAAAAUACCGAGAUUAAGCUCUUAAAUUCAAGGUGAAUUCAAUGUGCAUGUAACAUUUAAGGACAAAAUAGCCAAAUGGAAAAGGUUUCAGUGCGACUAUUUUGAAUUUAAAUUUGAAAUUCACUUUGAAUUCACCCUGGUUGAAGUACAGAAGAUGAGAAACAAUAAUUUUUAAAAAGCUUAUACCAAAAACGUACUAAACUAUAGCGCAUAUCUGAACAUUGAAAGGGUGUAAUAAAGUAUUUUAGACACAAGUCAUACUAUUAAUCCAUUAAAGAAUUCUACAUGGAUGCUUGUCUAAAGAAACAUGUAGUAGAUGAACUACAACUAAUACAUAACAUGUUAAUUGUAGAUGUGUAAGAAGACAAUUCAAUGUAAAAAACAAUGGUAUACUUAAUAACAAAUGGACAAUGGCUGAUGAAUAGAUUAGCAGACAGAUAGCUUGGUUUUACAAAGAUUCUUAGCAGAAAUAAUGUUGAUUCUUAUCCUGAUCUUUGUAUUUUGUUUCCUUGCUACUCAGGGUUUGCAGGAGUAUGAACAGUGGAAAUGGUAUAAAAACCCAACUAUUGUAGAAGUUCUUCAGGAAUUUCCCUCUAUUCAGAUGCCAUCAUCUCUGCUGCUUACACAGCUACCCCUACUUCAGCCCCGUUACUACUCCAUCAGCUCCUCUCCCGAGAUGUAUCCUGAUGAGGUUCAUCUUACAGUUGCUGUUGUGACUUACAAAACAAAAGGUAGCCCACAAAAACAUUUAAUGAACUUUAAUUUACAUAUCUUAGAGCUGUCUGCAAUGUAUAGCUGGGGACUGCAAGGUCAAUCCUUUAGCUGAGACUUAUUUAUUAAAAGAGUAGGAUUAAACAGUCCUGCUUCUAAAGUUAGUUGUCAUUCAUAUUGAAAAAUCUACAGAAGGUGUUUCAUCAGACAUUUACUGGAGUUUAUGGUGAGAAAUAAAAGUGACAAAAAAUCAAUUCAAUGUAAAACCAUUGACAUUAAGGUGUUCCUGAUCAUUACAGUUACAUUAUAAUAGUUCUGUAUACAUAGGAGCUCCACACUAUUAUAGGACUUAAACCUUAACACCAAAAAUAACUAUUCUAAUCUAAAGUUUUUCACAACAAAGUCUUAAUCUCAGUUCUAGCCCUAAUUACCUUAUAACCCUAAACCUAUAGGAAUAAUUCCCCCAUGUUUAGUUGGACUUUGGGUGGAAGCUUUUUCAGCUGAAGUACAUUGGCAGAUGUUGCUCACAAAUGUAACGCCCAAGAUCGCAAAAAACUGUUGUGCAUGGUGCUUCUUUAUGGGAAAAAAUAAAAUAGAUAAUGUAACCAUUUGCCGUAGGACAGAAAACAUGACCUGCCCAUUGAAGUAUAUAUGCAUAUAUAAGGAAAUAAUAUUAAAGUUCAAAGUACAGACCAAUAUUGUCGUGAUUAUCAUGACUACAUCACGUUGCCUUCGUAAAAGAUUUUAAUGCCCUAUUAUUUUCCUUGUGCCAGAUGGAAAUGGUCCAAUCCAUCAUGGUGUAUGCUCAUCUUGGCUAAACAGGAUACAGACAGAUGAAGUGGUGCCAUGUUUUGUUAGAGGGUAAGUGAACCCUGGAUAUAUCGUGCCCAAAUAUACAUUUUAAUUAAUAUUACUUAUGUUCCUGCUUAUUCUUUCUGGGACUAUUAGCAAUCAAAGUCUUCCCCAUGGUCCAGUUACUCAGUAGAGGAUUAUAAAUUUGCUUUGAUAUAUUUUGAAAUGCCAGCCUACAUAUGGUUUAUUUAAAAUCCCUAUUUUUGGUUGCCAGAGUAACCACAGUUGCUGGAGUUUCACAGAAAAAUAGGUAGAAUUCUAUUUAUAAGUCUAAAAGUGCUUGUGUUUUUAAAGUUCCCAGCCAGUUUGAGACAGUAAAUUAUAUACAGAUGAAGGGUUAAGAUGUGUAGGUUUAUGGCAAGAGGCACCUAUUAAUGGAACUACACCUCAAAACUGCCCGCAAUGAAGGACUUUACACUAAGACCGUAUGUAAUGUAGAAAGUAAAUGUAUUUGAUCAUGGCAGACUAGCUUGACAAAAAAAUGUCCUUUAGAACCAGAUUAUAUAUUGUUCAUUCAUUUCGUAAAAAGCAUGUUACAUCAAUAACAUACUGCCUAACGCAUUUCGCACUGACAAAGUACUUCCUUAUAGGCUAUUGUAAAGGUAGAAACUUACUAUCAUUUGUAUUUGUGUCCACAUUGAGUGUUUACUGUAUGUUGUAAGCUAAAAUUAAGCACAAGAAAAAGAUGAUUACUUAAUUGUAAUCUAUUGUGAUGGUUUCUUUUUACACAUUUGUAGCUGUUGGCCAUUCACUUCUAGUGGGUUAUGAGACCCUGCUGUCUUUCCUGAUGUUAAUAAGAAAUAAAUGGCCAUAGGAACCCUAUAUUAGCAGUUUGCAUUAGUAUAUGUGUUUGCAGUUUCAUUUGCAUACACCUUGCACAUCUUACACGUAUAUAUGUUGCAUUAUCAAAACAUGGCUUUGAAUUUUUAAAUUUCGUUUCCAGAGCCCCGACUUUCCAGAUGCCACAGGAUCAGCAUGUACCCUCCAUCUUGAUUGGACCAGGAACUGGCAUUGCUCCAUUUAGAAGCUUCUGGCAGCAACGUCUUUAUGAUAUGCAACACAAAGGUAAAGCCAUAAAGAUUCUACUUUAUGUUAUUGUGGAACUAAUGUCAGAGCAAACUACAAACUAGAAAGACUAUGCAGUAUAGAACUUCAUUACAACUCAAGUAAUGUUCAUUUGUUGGCUCUUGAGAUUUAGAACGAUCUUCCUUACAGUACUUUUGAUAGAUGGUAAAGGUACUUUCUCUGUGUGAAUCAUAUAGAAUGCUGAACUGUUGGAAUGACACUUCAAUGUAUCUUUUAGGGCUGAAACCUUGUCCAAUGAUCCUGGUAUUUGGGUGCCGGGAAUCCAAAAUUGACCACAUCUACAAAGAGGAGGCCAUGCUAGCCAAGAACAAGGGGGUGUUUAAAGAAUUGUAUACAGCAUAUUCCCGAGAACCCAAUAAGCCAAAGGUAACUAAUGCAGAAUAUAAAAUGACAAUAAACAAAAAUACUAUUCAAAAAAAUCCAUGAAGAUUGACAAUUUCAAGAAAUAAUCAUUACCACAUGUACUAGAGGUCUAGCUUGCAGAAAUGUAAUGGUGACACUGUCUAGUCAAGAAAAUUCCAUGUAUACAUUGUACUAGUUAGAUUGCUGAAAUACCUAAACUAUAUUUCAAUUUAAAAUGUAUGUAUUUAUUUAGUUAUAAAAUAUUUUACCAGUAUGUCCUGGGUCCACAAAACAUUGCACUGUUACAAUAGGAUACAAUAUUACAAAAAUACAAUAUAAAAACAAUAUAUAUAUAUAUAUAUAUACACACACAUAUAUAGAUUUAAUACAUUACAGGCAAUAUAUAUAUUCAACCAUGACAGGUGCAUUCUAUGCUAAGGUAUAUUGCCAUAGAUCUCUUAAAAGCUUUUAGAUUAAAUGUAAAUUUGACUGUGUGUCUGAGGUUAUUCCAUAAUUGCGGUGGUCUGUAGGAAAAUGAGGACCGAGCCAAUUUAUUUUUGUAUUGAGGUAUGCGAAAUAUCGUGCUAGUACUGGAUUGGAGGUUAUAGGAGGUGGGAACAGCUGGGGAGAGCAUUCUACUCAGGUAGGGUGGGAGCUUCCCAGAAAUGCUCUUAAGCACAAGGCUGGAGAGAUGAAGAGUACUUUGGGAUUCCAGCGAUAGCCAGUUUAGCUCUUUUAACAUGUCAAAGUGGUGGGUAAAGUAAUUACAUUCUAGUACAAAGCAGCAGAAUGAAUUAUAUAAAGUAUUAAGUUUAUUAAGGUGGCUUUGCAGAGCGGGUGUCUACACUACAUCCCCAUAAUCAAUGACCGGCAUUAAAGGACCACUCUAGGCACCCAGACCACUUCAGCUUAAUGAAGUGGUCUGGGUGCCAGGUCCUUCUAGGGUUAACCCAUUCUUUUAUAAACAUAGCAGUUUCAGAGAAACUGCUAUGUUUAUGAAUGGGUUAAGCCUUCCCUAUCUCUAGUGGCUGUCUCAUUGACAGCCACUAGAGGCGCUGCGGCUUCUCACUGUGAUUUUCACAGUGAGAGCACGCAAGCGUCAUAGGAAAGCAUUGUAAAUGCUUUCUAUCCGACGGGAAGCGCAGCUCUUGCGCUGCGCAUUCAGCCCAGGAGGAGGAUCGGAGGAGGAGAGCUCUCCGCCCAGCGCUGGAAAAAGGUAAGUUUUAACCCCUUUCCCCCUUCCAGAGCCGGGCGGGAGGGGGUCCCUGAGGGUGGGGGCACCCUCAGGGCACUAUAGUGCCAGGAAAACGAGUAUGUUUUCCUGGCACUAUAGUGGUCCUUUAACAUUUGUUGCACUAACUGUUUCCUUACUGUAGGGCUUAGGCAGGAUUUGUUUCUGUACAGGGCACCUAGUUUUGGGUAAAGUUUUGAAGAGAUUUUUUUCAAGGCCAAAGGAUAGAUUGGGGUCUAGCAACAUACCUAGAUAUUUAAAAGAGCAGAUAGCUGUCAGUGUGCUAUUUGAAUUUGUUCUGAUACACAGUUGGUGAUUUUGUAGUUUACGUAAUUUAGGUAUAGUUCCGAAGAUCAUUGUAACAGUUUUGUAUGUGUUUAGGAAGAGUUUGUUAUCUGCUAUUCUCUUUUCUACCUCUGUGAAUUGGUUUUGGAGCACAGCCUCAAGCUACGGUAGCUUGGGUUUACUAGCGUAGAUUACAGUGUCAUCUGCAUAAAUGUGUACAGUUGAGGAUUUGCAGACGUUAGGCAGAUCAUUUAUAAAUAAUUGAUAAACCUUCUAGUAUUGCAUAGGUUGUUAGGUUUCCUAUUUGUGCACCCUAUUCUCAUCUACCUUUAUUCACAAUCAGCGCUCCACUACCUACACCUUUUCUACAUUUAUAAAUAAUGUGAAUAACAGGGGGGCAAGUAUGGAGCCUUGGGGAACACCACACGUGACUGGAAAAGGGAGGGAAGCGCUAUCAGAAAUGGCCACAUUUUGCAAUCGGUCUGAAACAUAUGAUCGAAACCAGGUUAGCGGAUGAUCACCAAUGCCUGAGUUUUUACGUUUUUGCAAAAGAAUGCCAUGGUCUACUGUGUCAAAUGCCUUGGCAAAAUCAAGGAAAAUAGCUCCAGUUAGGGCUCCUUGUUACAUGCCAAUUUGGAUGUCAUUGAUUUUGACAUUGAAUUUCUCUAUAUGAGGAUUUUGAAGAUUUGGCAGAGCCUGAUCUUUAUUUGUGGUCUGAAACUGAGUGUCAUUUGUUAUCUUAGCAACCAGGGUGGUGACACAUUCAACAAAAUAAUUCUGAAAGGUAUUUGCUACAUCUAUGGGGUGUUGCGGUGUUUGGUUGUCCAUUUUGACAGUGGAUGGUUGGGAGUGGAUUGUGGGUGUUUGUAUGCUAUUUAUGAUUUUCCCAAAGUUUCUUAGGUUUGAUAGGUUGUUGUUCCAAUUUUCACUGAAAUAUUGGGCCUUUGCCAUUUUUGUUUGUUUUGUGCAUACAUGUCACCAUUGUCUGUAAAUACAGUGAUCGUUCAUGGAGCCAGUAUGCUUGAACUUUGACCACAGUGAAUCUCUCAACUGGUACAUUUGAAUGAGGUCAAAAUGUGUGGGUAUGUUUAAAUAUAUAAUCCAUAAAAUAUGCAGGAAAUAUGCAGGCAGUCUCCAGGAAGUGUACAGGUCAAAAAUAAACUAAUCGGCAGCUUAUUGCUGCCACCACCAAGGUGUCUUCCAUAGUGGAUGCAAGUGCAUGGUCUGAUACCACCACCAAGUGAUGACAACAGCAUGCUGAAAAGCCUCCAUCAGCAUGUGAUUAAUGUCGUUUUACCUCUAUGUAUAAAAUAAAAUAGUGAAAACAAAAAUAUGAAUAUUUUAAAAAUAUGCUAGCAAUUAUUGUUACAUAGUUAUUAAGCGACACUAUAUUAAAAUGCUUCUUGAUUUCAAUUCCUUUUUAUUUAUUUAUUUACUAACCUUAUUUAUUUACUGUCUGUUUCUGCUUUGAACAAACUCCUGAAGUUUAGGAAAUAUACUCAGUACAAGACAAUCACAAUAAAUAUUCUUCCUGUUGCAUAACCGACAGUCCAUGAUUUAAAUAUAUCCUUGUCAGAGUGAACAAAAAGUCCAUACCUCUGGCAUAGAUUCAAUUGAUUUAUUUGAUUGUAAAUAGUCCUCAGUGGCCUGUCGGCGGCCCUUGAGGGACUCUCUUAAGAAUUAAUGGUUUGAUUAGUGGCAGAGACAAAUUUAACAAGACAUGUACUUAGAGCAUAUCUUGACUACUGUUAACAUGAGUGAUUCUGUGUGGUCCUCAGUCAUUGCAGCUGGGAUCUUACUACAUUCACUGACUGACUGAAUAUGGAACAUAGUGGCUAAUGCCCUAGGAUAUUUAUACCUUUCAUUUAUGGUUCAUGUGAAUGAUGUGUGCAUGUAAAAUGGGAAAUUAUUAUGAAAUAAAACUACAUAUGCCUUUAACAAUGACCAUCUAUACUUGCAGAUAUGGAGGGAGCUUUAGUAUAAAAAUUAAAAUGUACAAAACCUUGGCCAAAGACAGUCAAGUUCAUGAAUGUGAAAAACAAAAAAAUAUAUAAUGCAGAUUUGUAGCAAUUUUGACAAGGAGCAGCACCUUUCUGACCCAAGGCUAGAAGUCAAACCAUUCAAAAAUGGUUUGACUCCUUACAAUGGGGACAACGAGGUCAGUAACCACUAAAGUGAAAUAGUUAUGGUACCUGAAGUGUUCCUUUAACUUUUUAGCACUGAUGAGCAUAUUGAUUAAGAAGUGUUUUAUGGGCACAGCAAAGGUUUUUGGGAGAUGUAGUUCAGUAGUACGCUUUCAAGAAAGUGAACAACAAUAAAUCAAAUUCAUGACACCAUGUACCAUAAUUGAGAGAGAGGGGUAAAACAAAUGAGUUAUGGAGCAAAACUGUUUUUUCAGACAAUACAUUUAAUAUGUUGCCUGCCUAGGGUGCCUUCUGAUUAUAAUCAGAAGAUAAAUGCUGAGGACAUAUGAGAGUGACAAGCUUUCUCUCCCACGGGUCCUAGGCUAAUGUUUACAGCUAUCUAAUGGGAGUGAUUAAGUGAUUAAAGGCUCGGGCUUCAUAGGGUGACAGUACCAAUAAUUACUCUUAAGGAAAUGUUUAUUGUGCCACUAUAUAAUGAAUAUAUUUAUAUAAAUGUCUCUCCAAAGCAGAGGCUCCUGGUGGGUUUACUCUGUUUAUUUUGAAAUCUACUUUUAGAAUCAGGAAGCUUGCCAAAUAUUCUUCCUGUGUCAACGUGAUAAGACUGCAGUCUGUUACUAGAUGGAUUAUAUAUAGGAGAAUGGCGGGGAAGGAACAUGUUCAAUUACAUCAUUUUUCAUAGGGAACGAAUCUGUUUUGCCCCCAAAAAAAAGUUUUUUUGAGAUGCAAAACAUUUGUGACCUUUUUCGGUACUUUUGCAAUGAAUGAAUUCUACUACAAUUUCUCACUCUAUCUUUAAGUGCACCAAUAUAUAUAUAUAAUUUUUUGAUGGAGAAAUGGGGCUUUCACUCGAUACCCAAAAUGUAUAAAUAACACAAUAUUAACUGUGAUUAAAGUAUUAAAAUAAUGGCAACAAAUGAAGAGAAAAAUCACUUUUCAAACUAAAGAAAGCAAGCUUAAAAUCGAUUCUCUAAAUGGUCCUGAUUGUUAAAGGACCACUAUAGGCACCCAGACCACUUCAGCUCAAUGAAGUGGUCUGGGUGCCAGGUCUCCCUAGUUUUAACCCUGCAGCUAAAAACAUAGCAGUUUCAGAGAAACUAUGUUUACACUGCAGGAUUAAUCCAGCCUCCAGUGGCUGUCUCCCUGACAGCCACUAGAGGCCGCUUCUGCGAUUUACACGGAGUAAAUCGCACUUAUUUGAUGCUGGGCGUCCUCACGGAGUCCAGUGUCAAAAAAGAUCCCCGUAGGUAAGCCUGAGUAAUGCUUUCCUAUGGGCGGGUUUGAAUGUGUGUGCCUCUGGUCGCGUAUGCGCAUUUGGCUCCACUCGGAACCUUAUGUUGAUGGAGGAGGAGAGGUCACCAGUGCCGGGCUCCCUGGAUUAAGGUAAGCAAAUAAAUGGUUAAUAAAUUAUUUAUUUGCCGCGAAACUGGGCCCUGCUCUAUAGCGUUAGGAUUAUAUUAUUUAUUAUUUAUUCCUAACGCUAUAGUGUUCCUUUAAACUGCCUAACAUGUCUAGGAUUUCAAUUGCUUUUUAGAGGGAGCUAAAACUCUGCAAAAUAUAGAAAGUAAAUACCCAAAGUUUUUUAACUAAGAGCAUUUUGACACUUUUCAUUGCACCAUUUUUUCAUGAACCUUUAUUUUUCAAUUAUUUUACUAACCCAACACUUACAGUUGCAAGAAAAAGUAUGUGAACCCUUUGGAAUGAUAUGGAUUUCUUCACAAAUUGGUCAUAAAAUGUGAUCUGAUCAUCAUCUGAGUCACAACAAUAGACAAUCACAGUCUGCUUAAACUAAUAACACACAAAGAAUGAAAUGUUGCCAUGUUUUUAUUGAACACACCAUGUAAACAUUCACAGUGCAGGUGGAAAAGUAUGUGAACCCCUAGACUAAUGACAUCUCCAAGAGCUAAUUGGAGUGAGAUGUCAGCCAACUGGAGUCCAAUCAAUGAGAUGAGAUUGGAGGUGUUGGUUACAGCUGCCCUGCCCUAUAAAAAACACACACCAGUUUUGGGUUUGCUUUUCACAAGAAGCAUUGCCUGAUGUGAAUGAUUCCUCGCACAAAAGAACUCUCAGAAGACCUACGAUUAAGAAUUGUUGACUUGCAUAAAGCUGGAAAGGGUUAUAAAAGUAUCUCCAAAAGCCUUGCUGUUCAUCAGUCCACGGUAAGACAAAUUUCUAUAAAUGGAGAAAGUUCAGCACUGCUGCUACUCUCCCAUCUGUAAAGAUGACUGCAAGAGCACAGCGCAGACUGCUCAAUGAGGUGAAGAAGAAUAUUAGAGUGUCAGCUAAAGACUUACAAAAGUCACUGGCAAAUGCUAACAUUCCUGUUAGCGAAUCUACAAUACGUAAAACACUAAACAAGAAUGGAUUUCAUGGGAGGAUACCACUGAGGAAGCCACUGCUGUCUAAACAAAACAUUGCUGCACAUUUACAGUUUGCACAAGAGCACCUGGAUGUUCCACAGCAGUACUGGCAAAAUAUUCUGUGGCUAGAUGAAACCAAAGUUGAGUUGUUUGGAAGAAACACACAACACUAUGUGUGGCGAAAAAAAGGCACAGCACACCAACAUCAAAACCUCAUCCCAACUGUGAAGUAUGGUGGUGGGGGCAUCAUGGUUUGGGGCUGCUUUGCUGCAUCAGGGCCUGGACGGAUUGCUAUCAUCGAAAGAAAAAUGAAUUCCCAAGUUUAUCAAGACAUUUUGCAGGAGAACUUAAGGCCAUCUGUCUACCAGCUGAAGCUCAACAGAAGAUGGGUGUUGCAACAGGAUAAUGACCCAAAGCAUAGAAGUAAAUCAACAACAGAAUGGCUUAAACAGAAGAAAAUACGCCUUCUGAAGUGGCCCAGUCAGAGUCCUGACCUCAACUCGAUUGAGAUGCUGUGGCAUGACUUCAGUAAACCGAUUCACACCAGACAUCCCAAGAAUAUUGCUGAACUGAAACAGUUCUGUAAAGAGGAAUGGUCAAGAAUUACUCCUGACCGUUGUGCACGUCUGAUCUGCAACUACAGGAAGCAUUUGGUUGAAGUUAUUGCUGCCAAAGGAGGUUCAACCAGUUAUUAAAUCCAAGGGUUCACACACUUUUUCCACCUGCACUGUGAAUGUUUACAUGGUGUGUUCAAUAAAAACAUGGCAACAUUUAAUUCUUUGUGUGUUAUUAGUUUAAGCAGACUGUGAUUGUCUAUUGUUGUGACUUAGAUGAUGAUCAGAUCACAUUUUAUGACCAAUUUGUGAAGAAAUCCAUAUCAUUCCAAAGGGUUCACAUACCUUUUCUUGCAACUGUACAUCUACAUCUACAAUCUACAAGCAAUUUCUCCUGUUUUAACUAUACAUGUUUUCUUAUACCUGUCUCUCUCCACUUUAGAUUGAAAACUUGCAGCCAUGGUUUCCAAACCCUACUGGAUUAGCUGUUUGUUUCAUCUCAAACUAUGCUUUUCUUUAUCGUAUUCAACAAUGUUUCUAGAGCUACAUAGAUUGCUACACAAAUAAAAAUAUUCAUAAUGGUAUAGUGUAGUAUUCAGAUCAUUCUCUCACAUAUGGUGACAUCACAGUCUAUAUUUGCAGAAUGCUUUUGAUUUCUGUAGAACUUCAACAAAUCCUUAUUUUCAUAAUUUUAUUUGGUUAAAGAGAAAAUCUAGGCGCUAUACCCAUUCCAUCUAAUUGAAUUGGUCAUACAGCAUGGAGACCCUAGUCAUUUAAACAACUUAACACACUUACUCAUAACGCCACUGAAGUUAUGGCUAAGGUAGAGGUUACACCACCAAUGGGCAGCUAUGAUAACUUGAAAGCGGUCACCUGACACUCUCAGCCAAUUACUAUUGUCCAUUGCAACUCAUGCUAAUACUGCCUCAUUAGCCCAAGCAACAUGGAUGGGGUGGGCUGCUGAGGACUAAUCCUUAGCAUUAAAAGAUUCAAAAACAGAAUAACAGUACCAGGGGACUGCAAACACUAUAACCACUUCAACGAGAUAGUAACAGUGCCUAAAGUGUCCCUUUAAUGUAGCAACCCUUCAGAUUCAGCACUUACUAAAUACCUGACUUUAAUUUUCUUGUAGAAAUAUGUGCAGGAUGUGCUACGUGAACAGCUCUCCGAAGUAACGUACAAAGCGCUCAGAGAGCAAGGAGGACAUAUAUACGUGUGUGGUGAUGUCAAUAUGGCAGGUGAUGUUUUAAAGACCCUCCAGACCAUUGCGAAACAGUGUGGAAACCUGACAGCUGAGGAGGCCGGAGCAUUUAUCAGUAAACUGAGGGUGAGUUUUGUCUGGAGCUGUGUUACUUUAUAAAUGAGGACAGGAAAACAAUGCUGUAAUUCACUUCGUACCAAUAAAACCCAUACACUUAAAUUGUUCUUAUAAGAUAGUUUGAUCGUGUUGCAGUUUCAAUGAAAUUGUAAUGCAUGCAAUAUGAGUCUUUCACGAAGAUUCUCUUCAUGAAAAAAUGGGACCACGCCAUUUUUAAAAUCAAACUUGCCUCAUAGGGGCAUGAUUUUCAAUUUAGAUACUAUAUGUAAUUUCUCAAAUGGUACAAUUUUAGGAUAUACAUAUUUAAUUAUAAAAGGUGUACUCUUGAUCACUUCUCAAGAAACUAACUUAAUUUAUUGGAAAAAAAAACAUCACAACAUGAAAGUCACCUGUGACUUUGACCUGUGACCUGUUAAUAUGUUCUCAUAUACUGCUCUGUUUUAUUUCAAAUAUAUUUUAAAGAUUCAGCAAAUCACAAUGGAGUUCAAUCCAGGCCAGGGCACACAUUGCAAAUGAGGAGGAGAAAUAGAAACAUUGGGGUUUAUAUGUAAAACAUGCCAUGGUCUAAAAAGUGGUGCAAAGGUGUAAAAUUGGAGCAAAAUCAUCAAAAUAGAUAAGCUACCUGUAUCCAUGGUUAGCAAAUAUUCAGCAUGCCUAUGAAAUCAGUGCUUAGUAGUUCUGCCCAAACUGCAUGCAAUGACCAAGUACUGUUUUAGAGUUCCAGAGGUUUUUUUUAAUCCCAAAUAAUCAAAAGAUGAACAGUAGCAGGAAUAACCAGAAGUUAAACUCCAUGAAAUGUAUUUACCCCUUGGGGCUAUUAAAAUGCCAGCAUAUGUAGAGGAAUGUGUGACAUGUUCUUGCUGGUCACACACUAGUGUACAUGGUGAUUGCCCUAGUUUUAGAACUUUAGACUACUUUUCAGAACACACUACUUUCUAUACAUACCCCUAUUACUUAAUAUCUCCUCCGCAUCCUGUUUUGCAUGAAACCAUAGCAUACAACAAAUCUGACAAAGUCAAAGUUAAGGGUUAUCGCCUUUUUAAAAUGUGGGUUCAAAGUCGAAAACAGGAGAAAAAAGGAGGAAGCAUGCUGCACCAUUGCGACAGAGAAGGUUCCAAUAAUAAAGAGGAAAAUGCCUUCAUUAACUGCUUUUGGUCAUUGAAGUUGUCUAUAUAGCUUGGCGUUUUAUCUACCGAUGCAGUUAGCUUGUGCAUCUGCACAUUAUCAAGUUUAACAAAAAGAGUCAAAGCACCACUUCAGCUAGUGCAUUUCAUACAGCUACAGUAGUGCACAAGAGAAGUUUGUUUCCUUGUAAUAAGUAGAGUAAUAAGCAAAAAGUUCAUGAAUUUAGCUGUUUUCCUGAGGUCGGGAUGCUUGGUGUAUAUUAAUGUAACAGAGCUCGAUGUCAAUACACCCCACAAAGUGCAUAUUCAUUCGUGUCAAUAAAAUGCUUUGGAAUUAUUUCAAAAUGAUUAUUUUUUUCAGUUAAGCAAAUUAAUAAAGAAUCCAAAAUCCCUAAAACACAAAAAGAUCCCUCUACAGCUAUGUGACGUAUGGGAAGGAUAUGAUAAAUCCAAAGUUAUAAAUAGAUAAGCGGAAACAAAAAUGAAUCCAAGAAAUACAAUAAUUGAUAUAUUUUUUUAGGACCUAUAAAGAUUAUUAACCACAUCAUGAUAAAUGAUGUGCCAGGAUUCUCAUGAUAUCAUAGCAUUUGCCAAAUACAUUGUCCUGAUGGAGUUAAAUAGUUUAUAAUUAAUACAUAUAAAAAUAAAGCACACAUAUUCAGUGUUUAGUGAAAAUUCAAGAGAGUAUUUUGAUUUAACAAAACAUUUUUCCCACAUUGCAUGUUUCUUUGCAGAAGUGAAGCAAAACAAAUUUUUUUUUUUUUCAUGAUAAUUAUGUUUAAGUGUUUACUCCAAUUUCAGGAUGACAAUAGAUACCAUGAAGACAUUUUUGGAGUGACACUUCGGACAUAUGAAGUUACAAAUCGCCUCAGAUCUGAAUCUAUUGCAUUUAUUGAGGAAAGCAAGAAGGACUCUGAUGAGUAAGUUGUUGCUAAUUGGACGUCAUGCUGGAUUAUAAGCCUUUAACGACGAGGCUUGAUUAUGUAAUUAAAAGUAAAGUAAAAAUGCUCACUGAAGUGUUAUCUUAAUUACAACCUUGGGGCAACCAGUGCACAUGCCAACAUAAACCACUGUGUCUCUGUCACAUGUCCCACAGAGCUCUCCUUGUACUUGAGGUUCUUCCCCUGCAGUGGGAACAAUUUCAGUGAAUAGUCAUUACUAUAACUAAUCUAAAAAAUGAAGAUUAAAUGUGUGGUUUACUGUAUUUGAUCUCACAAAAUUUUGAUCGUAUAAUUCAUUACAACUCUAAUACAGGAAAGCUAUUCUAGUUAUGGCAUAAAUGCAUUCAGGGGCUGCCUAUUAAAAUACUGUGCUCAUUAAUGCCUGUAGGCAACAUUCUAUUACUCUAAAUUUUAGCUUUUGAUGUUUGCCUUUGCUAAGGGAGGACCACAUCCUUUUCAAAUGUAUGUAUAUGUGUUUAUAUCCCCUUGAAAAAAUUGUAUUCAUUAAGUAGUAUAAUCCAAUUUGACUGCAUGACUAUUACCCUUGUUUUAUUUUUUUAUACUAUUAUUACUAGCAUUUAUAUUUUAGCCAGAUAAUCAGUUUGACUCUAAUUAUGAUGAUGAGCAAAGAAAUCCUAUCAGUUCCUUUGUUGUCCAUGAUAACUAAGAAUUAACUUACAAAUAUAAAAGCCUAUAAUAUAGUGCUUAGUCCCCUAUUUACUCAAUGGACUGUAUAUGUAUUAAGUUUAAUAUACUAACUAUACCUUAGUAGUGAUGUCCCGAACGGUUCGCCGAACGGUUCGCGAACGGUUGGCCGCGGACUCAUUAUUGAGUAAACUUUGACCCUGUACCUCACAGUCAGCAGACACAUUCCAGCCAAUCAGCAGCAGACCCUCCCACCUCCUGGACAGCAUCCAUUUUACAUUCAUUGCAGCUGCAUUCUUAGUGAGCUGUCCAGGAGGUGGGAGGGUCUGGGAGGGAGGGUCUGCUGCUGAUUGGCUGGAAUGUGUCUGCUGACUGUGAGGUACAGGGUCAAAGUUUACUCAUGAUGAGUCCGUGGCGGACCGUUCGUGGCGAACCGUUCGCGGACCGUUCGCGACGAACCGUUCGUUCGGCGAACCGUUCGGGACAUCACUAUACCUUAGUAUUUGUUUUAUAUCUGCAUGCAUUAUUUAUUCAAGCUUUCAAUCUUUUUUCUUUUCCUUCAACAUGACAGUGAAACAAUCUAGUGAUAUAGUCCAAUUGUUGGGGUCUAGCAAUAUCAGAAUUUACCAAUGAAUGCUGCAAAAAGGAAGCUAAGCGGGUUUAAGAAUGGAAAUUUGUUGUGCAGAUAAUUGGUUUUUUUUUUAAAACUAUAUGUAAGGUUAUGGUUCCAUUCACUGUGUCACACAGGGGCUUAUAACUUACUACACUAUCAGAUCUUCCACUUUAUCAGACAUCAGAGAUAAACUUUACUUCCUCAUUUGCUGUCCAAGAUGCAACUUGGGGAUGAGCAUAAUUUUCAUGGACACCCUUGUCCUCCCAUUUCUGGAGAGAGCCCAAGUCACUGCUGUGCACAUGUGUAGUGACCAGCUUAAGAGAAUGGCGCAAAUAGCCUGGUCCACAAAACCAUCAUAUGGGAUGUGAAUAUGUUAAUAGCAGGUAUGGGAUGCCUUCUAUCUGUUUAUCAACUGGAGACUAAACUACAUCUCUAUUAAACACCUGCUACACAGAGGUUUAUUAGAGAGGAAAAACCAACAUAGACCAGAAUGAUAAGUUCAUGAGCCUAUCAGAUAUUUAUUUCCUGCCUCUAAUUCUGGUGCUGAAGGGGGCUGGGUGCAAAUGUUGUUGUGUUUAAUGGCAAGUAUUCUUCUCUUUUUAGUUUUAGUUUUUUUUUUUUAUUGCAUUAACUAUAUAAUGUAUUUAAACAUUGAGUUACAUCAUAUUGUGUACAAAUUAAUUACACUUAUCUUUCUCAUAGUUCUUCAACCAGGGAUUUAUCAUUUCACAAAUGUUCAACUCUGCUCUUAAAUAUAUCAUUAUAGUCAACUCGUAUAUAUUUUAUAACUCAAAUAUGUCAAGUUGAUAAAUUCAGAUAUAUUACUCAAAUUAUAUAAAUCAAUAUGAUCAACAAAAAUAUAUCACAUUGUAUUCACACAAUGACCUCAAAUAUAUAACACAUAUAUAUCACUACAGUAAACUCUGCUCUUCACACAUGCGUAAAUACCUAAAUGUCUCACUUUUUCUUAAAACCAGGAUUCUUCCCAUAAUACCCUUUUACAAUAUUACUCAUUUGUGUAAUAUUGUACUUCACACCGUGUCAGCACCCAGGACUUUUUCUGGCUGCUUUUGGACUUUUCAGACUGUUUUUGUGAUGUCUCUUACCAUGUUGACUGUUAAGUGGAACAUUCUAUCUCUCUACUAAAUGUCUCUGUCUGUCUCUUAAUUAUCUGAUAACUUAAUUCCAUAUAUACUAUUUUAAGUAUAAAAUUCCCCCACCUCCCAUCUGCAAAGUUCUAAAAGUACGGUAAUAACAUGACAAGUUAUUGCUGAUUGCUUUUAGGACUUUUCCCUAGAAUUUCUCCAUUAAGGCAUGCUAAUUUGUCUUCAGCUAAGUUUAGUAAAAUGUACAUGUGUAAUAGAUUGAGGAGGGUCACAGAAGUUGCAGAGAGUAGGUAAGGUAGUAUGUAUUAAAUGUGUGCAGUCAAUUACAGAUACAAUAUUUUUUUACAUACCUGGGAUUUAUUGAAAUUGGGUCUCUCGUAUACCAUUGAUAUGCAGAUGUAGACUAUCCCACAAGCUAUUUUUGCUCAAUACCAGGCACUAUAUCAAAUUUAGAAGGAUACUUUUCUCUAAGAAAAAUAGAGUUUAAGAACUACAGUAUGGCUUGUUGAGUUCACAAAAUCACUUGCUUCUGCUUGUCCUCUUAGUGCUGGUAGAGACAUGAAAUUGAAGACCCAAGAAGUCAGGUUACAGAAGUAG